GUCGCGCGCCGAUGACAUAAUCCAAUCGGCGACCCGCUUCUCUUCGACCGCGGCAGUCGCCGCCUUAGCCCUGAUGAAGAGAAAUCGCUGGCCUUUUCUGUCGGUGCUCGAUUCGCUUAGCCUGGGCAGGGAAGGCGAGAGCGAACGGGCGUCCUUGGAGACGGACAGGCUCUCCCAAUCGAGCGCCGAGCCCUUCCUUUUACGCCUGAGCAGCUCGGCUUCAUCCGUUCCCCCCGCCGGCGAUGUCGCGGCGCGUCCGCGAGGCUUCCGCGCCGGUCCCCGGGCCGAACCUCCCUCUUCCCCCGGAGCUGCCGGCGGAGACGGUGGUGGCGCGGCUGCGGGCGGUGGCGCGCUUCUUGGGACGGAUGCUUUCGCUGUGCCGGGCCCACACGGUGGACUUCUACACUCGCGGCCUGUGGGAGAAGAUGGUGGCGCUUCCCCCGGAGGCGGUGCUGGAAGCGCUGAGCGGAGAGAGGCUUCAGCAGCUCCUGGAGGAGCCGCCUCUGCAGCGCCCCCUGGAGGAGGCCGCCGGUAAGCGCCUCCACGCUGCUUAGAAGGCGGCCCGCAGCGCACGUGGGCGGGGAGGGGUGCGGGGGGUGGUCUCCACUGGCUAUUAACAAAAGCGUUUGCCAUUAUUUUAUUGCAGUGGUACCUUGGUUCUCAAACUUAGUCCUUUCCGGAAGUCCGUUCCAAAUCCAAAGCGUUCCAAAACCGAGGCGCACUUGCUUUCCCAUAGAAAGUAGUGCAAAAUGGAUUAUUAAAUCCGUUCCAGACUUUUGAAAACAACCCCUAAAACAGCAAUUUAACAUGAAUUUUACCAUCUAACAAGACCAUUGAUCCAUAAAAUGAAAGCAAUAAACAGUGUACUGCAGUCACACAAUCUAUCAGUAGGUGAACUGGGUUCCACACAGUCCCAGAAACAAAACCAAAAAGUCACAAAAACGCAAUAUAAAUAGCAAAAACAGACAGACCUCAGCAUAACACUCAAAAAGGAAGUGUAGCACUCAAAACAGAGCACGUUCGCAAACUGGAACACUUACUCCCAGGUUUGCAGUGUUUAGGUUCCAAGUUGCUUGAGUACCAAGGAGUUUGAGAACCAAGGUACCACUGUAUUUUAUUAUUUGUUUAUGGAUCUCUGUGCCCCGCCUUCUUCCAACAAGUGAACUCAAGGCGGCUUAGAGAAAGAACCCAUUAUUUAUCAAUGAUCUUAACAUAAAGGAAAGGAAAGGAAAUGUUGAAUUGCAGUUAGAUGCUUAUACAGUCAGAUACAGUGGUGCCCCGCAAGACGAAUGCCUCGCAAGACGAAAAACCCGCUAGACGAAAUGGUUUUCCGUUUUGGAGGCGCUCGCAAAGCAAUUUCCUAUGGGCUUGCUUCGCAAGACGAAAGCCCAUAGGGAAAUCUCCGGUCCCGCGAAGCCUGGGCGCGCUGAUCUCAGCGCGCGCAGGCCUCGGCAUGCCGGCAACUCUCCGCGAGCAGCGGCAGCGCGCUGCCGCUGCUCGCGGAGAGGUCCGCGAAGCCUGGGCGCGCUGAACUCAGCGCGCGCAGGCUUCGGCAUGCCGGCAACUCUCCGCAAGCAGCGGCAGUGCUGCCGCUGCUUGCGGAGAGGUCCGCGAGCCUUGGCUGGACAGCUUUUGAAGGCAGGUGGGGGACAAGACUUUCGCCCCCGCCAACCUUCAGAAGAGGUCCAGGACCUCUUCUGAAGGCUGGCGGGGGCAAAGUCUUUGUCCCCCUGCCUGCCUUCCCAGGGGCUUUAAAUUGCCCCGGACAGCGGAGAAGUCCUCCGCUGUCCCGGGGCAAUUUUAAAAUGCCGCCCGCCAGCAUUUUAAGAUCGCCCCGGACAGCGGAGAAGCCCUCCGCUGUCCCGGGGUUUUUUAAAAUGCUGGGGGUGGGAAGAAAAGCCCUUGUCCCCCCCCCCCCAGCCUUCAGAAGAGGUCGGGGGACAGACUGUCCCCGGACCUGGUCUGAAGUCGGUUUCCCUAGGAACGCAUUAAUUGAUUUUCAAUGCAUUCCUAUGGGAAACCGUGCAUCGCAAGACGAAAAACUCGCAAGAAGAAAAAACUUGCGGAACGAAUUAAUUUCGUCUUGCGAGGCACCACUGUAUCUGUAUGAUAUAUUUACGACACUUGAUUUUAGCCCAAAGGCCAAGAAGCCACGUACAUGAUAUAUUCGUGCAAUGAACGGCAUUGCUUGCAAUGAGACAUUUGAAUUUAUUUAGGCACAUUGGUUCCCAAACUCCCCACCGCUGUGGACAACUUGAAGUUGCAGGGUUGCCAUAGUUGGAAGACCAAAGAAGCGGACACAUUUGCCGACUUCUGCUUUUAACCGUGGAUUGCUAUGAUGGCUCUCAUUUUACAUACCCAUGAAAAAGAGGAUGUGUCCGGGAAAAAGAGGACAUAUGGGGAAAAAGAGGACAUAAGGCAACACUAUUUGUAUAAUGUGGCAGAUGCUGUGUAAUUUUUAAUUGGUGUAUUUAUUGCUUCUUUUGUUUCUUGCAUUUUUAUUGUGUUACUGUUUGAAUUCCGUAGAACACAAUUAAAAAUCAAUAUAAAAGAAGCAAUAAAGAUACAAUUUAAAAAUCAAGAUGAAUGUUGAUUUUUCUCAUCUUCAACCACAAAUCCACAGAGAUGCCGCAAACCCCCUGAGUAAAGCCCUCAGAUCACAGUUUGGGAACCCCUGUGAGAUUACAUAACAUAUGUAUUUAUUAUAAUUGAAAUUAACUAUUUGAAAUAAUAUUUUUAAAUGUUUUUUUAAUAGUAACAUUUUAAACAGCAUAACAACAUAAUAAAACAUAACCACAAAGGGAACAGUAUUGGGAGGGGGGAAGUUAACCAGAACAAUCAUAUUAGUAUUGGAAACAUUGUUUUAACCAAUUAUCUAAGAAAGCAUAGUGUUGGGACAUGGUAAGCUGUAAGCAGUGGAGCCAUGAAAUGUAAAAUGUACCCAGAUAUUUCUGGAUAAAACUUCACAAUUGCAGUAGUUGCCAGUAAUCCUAGCUUUGCUAUGCUACAUUUUACUUAGGGCAGGAAAGAAAUUCUGGAUUCUGAUUUGCAGUCAUAAACUAAUGGAAUCAAAUUUGCAGACUAAUCACAUAUUUCUUGCGUCCAGAGGAGAUUAAAUUAUUUUAUGACAUUUAUAUCUACUUUAUUUCCAUUAAUGGAACUCAAGGGUUCCCAUGCAACCAUUCAUUCAGUCAAUGACUACUAAACUCCUUCCUGAGCAUGCAUUUAGAUUUACAGUGUAUAAAAAUUUUGAUAUCCGGCUGCAGAUAAAGUAGCAUUGGGUUUCUAGAUAGCUGACUUGACAGCCAGACAUUGGUAUUUUCCUCAGCAUGUGCUAUUUAAUGUGUUACUACUGCUUUAGCAUUGUGCAGCCCAUCCUAAUUCUGCCAGAUUAUAAAUUUAGAUAAACCUUAUUCUCAUUUUCUCAGAUAGUGGUAGGUGGAGAAACGUCAACUUUAGCCACUUACUCUCUCUUGCUGCAGCACCAUAAUCUGCUUUACCUGAAGACAGGAAAGUUCUCAAGUGGGAGAAGCCAGCUUUGUGUAUUUCCAAACCAAAAAAUGGGUGUGAGGUCAUAGUAUAUGCACAUCUGGUUAGUGCCAGGACCAAUUGCCAUUUGGCUCCUCUUCCAGAAGCUUCUUUUCCUCUCCGCUGCCCAUUCAUAUUUUUUUUUCUUUUGCACCACACCUAUUUCUGAGCUUGUUGGCAGGCACUGUUUUAUUAUUUAAAGUCUGUACCGUGCCUAUAUAUUUUAGGUACUUUUAAAAUGAAAGUACAGUACUUGAAAAUCUCAUUUAAGCCAUUCUGAGGUUUCUGAAGGAUGAGCUGGAUAGAACUGCCAUAAAUAAAUGCAGAUUAUUUUUACUUUCCCUCCAAGCUGCUGAACAUUUCUGCCAUGGGUGAAAGAAGUCUGCUUUUGUUUUUGAGCAGAGAUUGCCCACUCCCAUAUCCCCCCCCCCCGCCCGCCCGCUCUUCAGUUUUCAAAUUUUCGCUUGCAAAAGGAAAGGAACAAGAUGCUGACCUCGAAAAGACUAGAAAUCAGCAAUCCUUAACAGUUUAUUGACACUGUUGAUUUCUGUUUUGUUCCAGCUGGUAUUGUAGGAGCUCCUGCCAUAACUGUAAAUUGAAACUACAGAUUACCGUAUUUUUCGCACCAUAGGACGCACCGGACCAUAGGACGCACUUUGUUUUAGAGGGGGGAGAGCAAGAAAAAAAAAUCUCCCCCUCUCUGCCCAGCGCCCCUUCAGCGAAGUGGCAGGAGGCGCUGCGCAGAGAGGGGAGAACUUCACCCUCUUGUUUUCCCGCUCUAAAACAAGGUGCCGUUUAAGGUGCGUUCAGGCGGCAACCUUGGAAGCCUGGAGAGCGAGACCCUCGCUCUCCAGGCUUCAGGUUCCUCGACCUGCUCUUCGGGGCUGGCGGGGGGAAGCCCACCGCCAGCCCCAAAGAGCAGUUCAGGGAGCAGCGGAAAGGCGCAGCGGAGAGGCUCCUGCCAUAGCCGUGCGUCACCUCUCCAGCCGGGAGAGGAACGCUGGGCUAUGGCUUCUAGCCCCGCGCGCUCUCCCGGCUGGAGUGGUGACGGGGGGCUUUGGCUGGAGCUUCUAUAGCCGCCCGUCACCUCUCCAGCAGCCCGCGCGCGCGCUCCUCCCGGCUGGAGAGGUGACGGGCGGCUAUUGAGGCUCUUGCCAUAGCCGCCCGUCACCUCUCCAGCCGGAGAGCGCGCGGAGCUAAAGCAGCCCCCGCGACCCUCUCCCGGCUGGAGAGGUGACGGGCGGCUAUGGCAGGAGCUCUACAGCCGCCCGUCACCUCUCCAGCAGGCCCGCGCGCGCUCUCCCGGCUGGAGAGGUGACGCGCGGCUGGUGAGGUUCUUGCCAUAGCCAUGCGUCACCUCUCCAGCCGGGAGAGCGCGCGCGGCUCUAAAGCAGCCCGCGCGCGACCUCUCCCGGCUGGAGAGGUGACGGGCGGCUAUUGAGGCUCUUGCCAUAGCCGCCUGUCACCUCUCCAGCUGGGAGAGCGCGCGGAGCUAAAGCAAGAGCCUCAAUAGCCGCCCGUCACCUCUCCAGCCGGGAGAGGGUCGCGGGGGCUGCUAGCCCCGCGCGCUCUCCCGGCUGGAGAGGUGACGGGCGGCUAUUGAGGCUCCUGCCAUAGCCAUGCGUCACCUCUCCAGCCGGGAGAGCGCGCACGGGGCUAAAGCAGCCCCGCGACCUUCUCCCGGCUGGAGAGGUGACGGGCGGCUAUUGAGGCUCUUGCCAUAGCCGCCCGUCACCUCUCCAGCAGCCCCGCGCGGCUCUCCCAGCUGGAGAGGUGACGGGCGGCUAUGGCAAGAGCCUCAAUAGCCGCCCGUCACCUCUCCAGCCGGGCGAGCGCGCGCGGGGCUACAGCCAGAGCCUCAAUCGCCGCCCGUCACCUCUCCAGCCGGGGGAGGGUCGCGGGGGCUGCUGCCCCGCGCGCGCUCUCCCGGCUGGAGAGGUGACGGGCGGCUAUUGAGGCUCCUGCCAUAGCCGUGCGUCACCUCUCCAGCCGGGAGAGGGCGCUCGGGGCGAAAGCCGCCCCCCGCGACCGUCUCCCGGCGGGAGGGUGACGGGCGGCUAUGGCAGGAGCUUCUAUAGCCGCCCGUCACCUCUCCAGCAGCCCCGCGCGCGCUCUCCCAGCUGGAGAGGUGACGGGCGGCUAUGGCAAGAGCCUCAAUAGCCGCGCGUCACCUCUCCAGCCGGGAGACGCGCGCGGGGCUAAAGCAGCCCCCGCGACCCUCUCCCGGCUGGAGAGGUGACGGGCGGCUAUUGAGGCUCUUGCUUUAGCCCGCGCGCGCUCUCCCAGCUGGAGAGUGACGGGCGGCUGGCUGAGGCUCUUGCUUUAGCCCCGCGCACGCUCUCCCGGCUGGAGAGGUGACGGGCGGCUAUGGCAAGAGCCUCAGCAGCCGCGCGUCACCUCUCCAGCCGGGAGAGGGUCGCGGGCUAUGGCGUCUUCGCUCCAUAGGACGCACACACAUUUUCCCUUCAUUUUUGAAGGGAAAAAAGUGCGGCCUAUAGAGCUAAAAAUACCGCAACUCAGUGUGAACUGGAUCUAGCUGGUUUUUAACCCGCUGCCCCCCCCCCCCAAAGGCAGAAACAAAUAUAUAUGCAUUUUCAUCACAAAAGGACAUUUUAUGUGUUAAGGUUACAUAAUGGAUAGUUAGGCAUAUGUUUUCUAGCAGUCUCAAUGUGACUCUUGUCUCCAGUUAUCAGAAUCCAUAGUGUGAUGUGCGAAAGGUGAGGUGACAAUAUUUAUUUGUGGGUAUCCAGUUUUUGUUGGAUUGCAUUAAGAUUUGGAGUAAAGGAGUUAUCCCUCUACAGUUACUGUAUUUUUCGCUCUAUAAGAUGCACCAGACCACAAGACGCACCUAGUGUUUGGAGAAGGAAAACAAGAAAAAAAAUAUUCUGAAUCCCAGAAGCCAGAACAGCAAGAGGGAUCGCUGCGCAGCAAAAGCAGCGAUCCCUCUUUCUGUUCUGGCUUCUGGGAUAGCUGCGCAGCCUGCAUUCGCUCCAUAAGAUGCACACACAUUUCCCCUUACUCUUUAGGAGGGAAAAAGUGAGUCUUAUAGAGCAAAAAAUACGGUAAUUACAAAAUUAAUUGUAUUUCCUUCUCUUUUUUACAGAUAGCUGUGAGUUUUACAACAUUUUCUGUGAAAAUUCUCAGAGGCUGAUCAACGUGCAGGCUUUUGCUCUCGCUGCUAAAUAUUACUCCAUGCCAAACCUUGGUGUGUGUAUCUCCUUAGAAGAGAUGCUAGAAGCACUGGAAAGGACACAGCAGCCAAGGUCAGGUAAGUUAUAAUCUUGGAAUCUAUUUUUAUAUCUCCUUAAAGCUUUCUCCUUCCUAUUCACCUGUUCUUGUUUACAUGCGUUAUGACAUUCUGGAUUCCUUUUCUAAGCAAUUCAGAAAUCUUUAAAACUUACAUGUAGCACAAUCCUAUAUAUAUGUCUACUCGCUGUCCGGCUGUGUUAUGUGAGGCUAGGCUUGCUCCCAGGUAGAGCUGGGCUAAAGUUCUGGUAGAAACUUCUUCUGGUACGUUUAGGAGGCUUCAUGAAGGGAGAACAUCUUCCAAAGUUGGAGAGAAGGGACAAGCAUCUGGUUUGGUGGAGGAGGAAUGAGUAGGGACUACGCACAACACAACACACGAGGUGAUCCGAAGGCAAGUUAAUAAAGAGGCAAAAGCACUUGAUUCACCACAGGGUGGAUUUGAUUGAAAUCGAAUCUAUUGAAAUCACGAUUGAAAUCACUAGUCAGUACGACUUGAUUUAAUUUUUUUUUUUACAGAAAGGCUCAUUCUUGCGGUUAUAAUCUUAAUAUUUACAACCAGAUGAAGAUUUCGUUUUUGAAAGAUAAAUUUUCAGAGUAGUUUUUACAGUUAUAUAACAAAAUUACAUUGCAUAUAAAGCCUCAUUCUACAUAAUUAAAAACAAAUCCUUAUUUCCUGAUGAAUAGCCUUUGGACUAUAAUGUAACUUAUGGUAAAUAGAAAACUAUCUUUAGAAAGAUUUUCCCCCCAAAAGCAUUUUAUUUUUUUUAAAAAUCCGAUUUUUUGUUUUGUUUUAAAAAUCAUUGAUUUUUCUCCACCCAGAUUCACCAUAACUGUAAGUGUACACACACACACACACACACACACACACACAUUGAAAAGGAAGGCCCCUGCUUCCAGGUAAGUGCAUACAAAUGCAAUCCUAGUCAUCUCUUCAAACAUCAUUACUGGGGCAUCCUACUUUUUUCUUUUCUUUUUUUGCAACAAUAGUGUUCAAAUUUUUGUUUAUUAGUCAUACACUUGGCCGUGUGUGAUUUCUUAUAUAUUCCCAGCAGAACAUCUUGUUUCUUUUCUCUGAAGAGUUCUCUCUGAAUUUCACAUGUCAAAUGGCUUUUGGAAAUCCUGUAAAUUUCAAAACUGGGAGCUACUGCUCAAAAAAAUGAAAGAAAUCAUAGCCACACUGAGCCAGCAUAGUUAGUCGCAUGGUCCAGGAGGGCAGCCAUAGUAAUAUCACAUUUAGUGCUUCUUACGUCUAGGUCCCUCGUUUUCAACUUCACACUCAAAUUUUAGCUGCCACUUGGCAAUUGGGACCACUUUACCUUGCUUUAUGUUUUACAACUGCUGACUUUCUUCCUAUCUCAGUGUCCUAAAACUUGCAUAGUAGAUACAAAACUCACAACCAUUAUAAAUGGGGCACAUAAUUGUAAUAUAAUCUGAAACCGUAAAAACAGAACAAAACUGAAUCCAGAAUAAGUUCCUUGUAUUUAACAACAUUAAAAGAAACCUAUUAAGUUGAAUGGAAUUGCUUGGCAGUCACCUGGUGAGGCCAAAUACCCAACUUCAGGGUUGUAAUAUGGUCUUUUUGUAUGAUCACUGGGACCUUUAAAUGUAGAAUGUUUUCCAGACAUUCCUAGAUUCAUUUCUGUAUUUCAGAAAAGAGGCACAUCUGUUAACUGUUGAGAAAUGUUCUUGAACAAAUUGCAUUUUUUGACAAAGAAAUGUGCACAAAGAGAGGAAUGUUACAACAUUCAAACAUAUUGUUCUCGAAAUUCUUUCAUCUGGUUUUUAUGAUUUUCCUUAUCAACAUAAAAAGAAAAAUAUGUCAGAGAUACUGCUUUGAAGAGCUACACAGUCUGCUUCAGAAAUAACCAAAAUAACUUGGAAACAUGCUACCCACUUCUAGCAUUACAUUUACAAAAGUGUCUUUUUCCCUCUUAAAAUUAAAUUGCAGCUGUUUGUAUAUCUCAGAAGAGCAUUGGCCUCAUGAAACAUCAAUGGUGCUAUGGAGUGCUUAAGCCUUUGAGAGGCUUCUGCUACCAAAGCAUCUUUAAACUGUUUCCUUCAAGUAUCCAUUAUUUGUAUUUUAAACAAUUAGGAAUCAGGAUUUCCCUGUACUGAAGCAACUCGUAUUUGAGCAUGAUAUUUGGUGUUUAUGGGAAACCUAAACUUUAGUCAAUCUUUUCUUUUGACUACAUCAAAAUUUGAUAGCAGAACACAAAAAUGACAUGGCUGGUUUCUGCCUUCUUUGAAUUUUGUUUGUCAGUAUUAAUUUUUUUGUGAGCUGAUAAAAUCUGCUGUAUGAUGACAGCUUUUGACCAUACUGCCACAUGUUUAAAAGCACAGCCCUUUUGGCAAGUCUCAAGAUGGAUUACUGGUAUCGUUGGGAAACAAUGAUGUUAACUCUUCAUUCCUUCAUUCUUUAAUUUUUAAUUUAGCAAGUCUGCAUGAGAAUUCCUUAGUAACUGUUUUGUCUUCUCCUGCUGGUUUUCAUUGCAUAGGAUUUUAAUGCUUUUUUGUUAUUUUCUCCUGUUUGUAUUGGAAAUUUCCCCCCUCUUGUUAUAAUAAAAAUAAUUUGAAAAAAGGAACAAAUCAACAUGGUGAACACUUUCGAACAAAAUGGCCCAAUGUGGGGUGUCACUGACAAAAGCUUUUAUUAACAAGUUUUAGAUCUUAUUAUUUUGAAUUAUCUAAUUUAUUCGAUGAAAAUCAAUUGGGCCUAAGCAAAACUAAUAUUUACUGAUAAGAAUCAAUAAAAUCAGCUUUUCAGAAUUGGUGUAUAAUUGGUUGUGCAUUUUCUUUUAAAAAAUUAAACCCUUCUAAUUAAAUUGCAUUUUGUGUUGAUCAGAAGUAGAGAUAAAAACGGAUGACUUCAUGAACAAUAAGAAGUCACAUGAAGUGCAGCUGAUGUCAGAGUUAGUAGACGGCAUUGCAAAGUAUUACGGCCUAAAUCAGGUAAGAAUUCUUAUGAUUUCAUAUUGUGUACUUAUUUUAAAAAGUAAAGUCAUACUUGUUCCAGUUUUGGACUUUAAAGCAAAGACCCAUGGACUAGCCCCAGCCCCUUAGGGAUAAUAAAUGCGAUCAAGAAACCACUGAUUAUAGAUUCAGUUCUCUGCAGGUUUGAUCAAACACUUCAACAAGAGUCAGAAGUCAGAAAUGUGGAUGUAAAAACUAGACAUCAGGACCAUGGACAGAGUACAGUAGUCCAGCCAGAAAACAGGUACGCAUAGGUAUAGUUUUUGUGCUUUCAGGAGCCUGUUAAAUAUUUAGGGACUGUUAAGGGGAAGGGACUUUGGACUCAACAUGCACUCCCACAGGCAGAAGAACCGUAGGCAAUACUGCUACUCCCAUGACUGUCCACUGGUGUACAAGGGACUUCCAAGUCAGGAAUAGGCUGUGCAGGCUAUGACCCUGGGAUGUUUCCUAUGGCGAUUGAAAAUGUACCUGUUUCCCCAAGCAUUUCCCUGACCAUCAAUACCAGUUCCUGGCAUUCCUGGUUAUCGUGAUUGAUAUUUUAACUUGGUUUUAUUACGUUGUUCUGUUGUGAUAUUUUGUUUCAGCGCUACCCUCAGUACGUCUACUCUGAAGUGAGUAUAGCAUUGCAGAGCUAGUGUGGUGUAGUGGUUAAGAGCGGUAGUUUCGUAAUCUGGGGAACCAGGUUCGCUUCCCCGCUCCUCCACAUGCAGCUGCUGGGUGACCUUGGGCUAGUCACACUUCUCUGAAGUCUCUCAGCCCCACUCACCUCACAGAGUGUUUGUUGUGGGGGAGGAAGGGAAAGGAGAAUGUUAGCCGCUUUGAGACUCCUUUGGGUAGUGAUAAAGCGGGAUAUCAAAUCCAAACUCUUCUUCUUCACUGUAAAAUUAGACAACUGUCUGUGUGGUUUGACAUCUGAUUGCAGUAAUUGCAGAGUUGGAAAAGGUUCAGAAAAGGGCAACCAAAAUCUUCAGGGGGUUGAAGAGACACCCCUAUGAGGACAGGAUGCAGUGUUUGGGACUUUUUGGUUUAGAGCAGGCAUCCCCAAACUCGGCCCUCCAGCUGUUUUGGGACUACAAUUCCCAUCAUCCCUGACCCCUGGUCCUUUUAGCUAGGGAUGAUGGGAGCUGUAGUCCUAAAACAGCUGGAGGGCCGAGUUUGGGGGUGCCUGGUUUAGAGAUAGGCAAGUAAGAGGUGACAUGGUAGAAGUUUAUAAAAUUAAGCCUGGCCUGGAGAAAGUAGGUAGAGGAAAGUUUUUCUCCCUCUUUCAUAAAACUAGAAUUUGUGGGCAAUCCCUUGAAGCAGAACGUUGGAAGAAUCAGGAGAAAACACUUUUUCACACAGCACAUAGUCAUAGCUGUCAACUUUUCCCUUUUCUUGCAAGGAACCCUAUUCGGAAUAAGGGAAUUUCCCUUUAGAAAAGGGAAACGCUGACUGCUAUGCGCAUAGCUAAACUCUGGAAGUCACUCCUACAAGAGGCAGUGAUGGCCACCAGCCUACAUGGCUUGAGCAGGAUUAGAUAAAUGCAUGGAGGAGAGGGCUUUUGAUGGCUACCAUCCAUAACUUCUAUUCUCUCCCUUCACUGAUAGAGGCAGGAAUGCUUCUGAAUACCAGUUGCUGGAAACCACAGGAGGGGAGAGCGCUCUUGUGCUUGGGUCCUGCUUGCAGGUUUCCCACAGACAUCUGAUUGGCCACUGUGAGAAUAGGAUGCUGGAUUAGAUGGGCCAUUGGCCUGAUCCAGAAGGCUGUUCUUACAGUCUUAAUUGUAACCCAGACUUUCCACAAUUUGCACUGAAUAUAAAAUAGAGACUUGGAAUGCCAAUAAAGGUAUUUGUAUUGUAUUGUAUUGUAAAAUAGAGGCUGUUUAUGAUUAAACGUUUUAGUCAAUCAAUGCAUUGUAAUAUUGCAUUGUUUGCUCAGAAUUGCAAAUCCCUAAUACCCCCAAAUGGCCUUUUGGUUACACUGGAAUUAAUAUGGGGGGUGGGGUGGAUAAAAGCACUCCCUGGUUUUAGUUAAUGGAAAAAAUGCAAGACUUUAGGAGAGAUUUUUCAUAUUGGAUUCUUUUCAGCCUUUCUCAUAAAAGUAUGCCAAAUAUAAUUAAAGUGUAGCGCUAUGAAAAACACAAACACAUGGUUUACAACAGUACAUAUCUUUUUAAGAGGGUUCUUUUUAAGGGACUCCAGUCUCUGGCCUUAGUUUCAACUUUUUACCUGCAAUGUAUAAUGGGUGGUAGAAGAUACUGUGAUGAUAUGGUGGUUGGUUGUAUAGCAAAAUUAAAGUGCAUACCGGUAUACAGUGGUGCCUCGCAAGACGAAAUUAAUUCGUUCUGCGAGUUUUUUCGUCUUGCGAAUUUUUCGUCUUGCGAAGCACGGUUUCCCAUAGGAAUGCAUUGAAAAUCAAUUAAUGCGUUCCUAUGGUCAAAAAAAGUCCAAACAAAGCCAAAUUUGUUACAAAAAGAGUUUAUUAAGUGCUCUUUAAAGUCACACAUACUGUAAAGAGCAUUUCAAAAACUGAAGGAACAAUAAUUUAAGUUUCUAAACAUGACAGAAAAGCAUUUAAAAAUCACCAAAGUGUACUGUACAUACAUUUUCUAAGACUCUGGGGACAACUCGAAGAAGGUUCCUCUUCCACUCUUUGCUUCUUGCUGAAGAACCUGUCCAUGGUCUGCUGCUUCAUCCGACUUUUCAGCACCUCCCUGAAAGACGACAUGACCCUCGUAUCAAAAGUGUUCUCAAGGUCACGUGUCAGGUCCUUGUCAGGGUGGUGCCGCUGUGCAAAAGCCUGCACAUCUUUCCACUUCUGGCAAAUGUCCCUCAGUUCUUUGGAGGACAGCCGUUCCUCAGUUGCUUCCUCCUCUUCCAGCGAGGCCUGCUCCUGCGCAGCCUCUGCCUGCAGUUCGACCAGCUCCUGGGUGGUCAGCUCGUGGUCGUGCUCCUCCACCAGCUCACUGACGUCCUCCUCUGUGACCUCCAGGCCCAUGGUCCUCCCCAAGGAAACAAUGUCCUGCACCACUGUUGACUCUGAUGUACUUAUUUUGAAAACUAUUACUUUCGAAGUUAAUCAACAGAUUUUUACCAAAAAAAAAUCAAGUUCAUUGUCUAUUUUAUGAAUGGCUGCAAUUUGGAUGCCUUGAGAUUAAAAAAAAAGGGAUCCUGUGGUCCUCCGGAUGUUGUUGGUUUCCAACUCCCAUCACUCGUAGCCAGUGUUCAGAGACCAUGGAAUUACAGUCUUCACAACAUCUGGAGGGCCACAGGUUCUUCAUCCCUGUUUUAGAUGAAGAAAAUAAUUGUAAUAGUAUUUUAAUACUACACUGAGGCAUAAUCUAAAAAAAUAUAUAAAACCUUUUCUCUACAAUAGCAUUGAAUUGUGUUGGGACCAAGUCAAGUUGUUGUUUUACAUGUAGUUUGAAGUAUCUUGGAAAGGACCUCCUGGCUUAGUUAGUGCAGAUGCAAGCUAAUAAACAAGAGGCAAGAAUAGUAUCAAGACCCAUAAAUGGAUAUCUUUAAGCCCAUUUCAUUAGUUAAUCAAAGCCGCCUGGUUGCCACAACCCCCUGGUUACUCCCACACUGCUCCCAGUGAUAUACAGGGUUAGGGGGGAUUGUGUGACUAUGCACCACACUAGCAAUGCACCCUGUAACGCAAUAGGUUUUGCUAGUAUGUAAUUGCACGGCCCACCAACAAUAGUCCUACCCAAUUCUCCACGUGGAGAAGGAGGUUGUGGACUGUGUUGCUAGCCCCAUCCCCAGUAUCAUGCAUGGCACUGACUCUGAUGCCUGGAUAGUUUAAUGGGACGCGGGUGGUGCUGUGGGUCUAAACCACUGAGCUUCUUGGACUUGUCGAUCGGAAGGUCAGCGGUUCAAAUCACCGUGACGGAGUGAGCUCCUGUUGCCCUGUCUGCGGACAAACGACAGCUCCCUUGGCCUGAAAGCGAGAUGAGCGCCGCAACCCCAUAGUCAUCUUUGACUGGACUUAACUGUCCAGGGGUUCUUUACCUUUACCUUAGUUGUACGUUGGAUAGUUCUACGUUGGUAUUGAUGUUUGUAUCAGGAAAGCUUUUGAAUAAGCAACUUCUCAUGGAUGGUGUGGAAAUCCAGGAGACAGAGCGAUAGCCAUUCAUGAUGCUGAGGGCAGGGCCAGCAAUGCAGUUCUUUGGUUCGCUUCUCUACUCAUAGUGCCGGAUUCAACCAAGGAGGUCCACUGUGGAAGCCUGCACAAGGAAUUCUGCUAGUGCAAUAGAGGAAGGAGUGGAAGGAAGCUGAAAUGCUUGUGCUCAUUGAAUCUCUCCCAAAGCUUAUACAUAUGGAGAGCAUCUAGUUAGGUCUUAUUUGGGCAGAAGAUGCAAUCUCAUAAUGGUAGUAGCCUUGCUCUGUGCAAAUAGAACCUUACUUGAACCGUUAAGACUUGAAGUGUCUUUAAGAAUCAGUUGUCCUGCUGUGGCAAGUGAUUGUCUUUUCUGGCUCCUGUCUGGGAACAAUCUUUUUCGUGAAUGAGAAACUGCAACUUGUUGAAUGAUAGAGACUUUUCCCCCCAACCUGGUUUUCUUACGGUACAUUUCAAAGACAAAAUCGUGUAUACCGUAUGCUUGUGUUUGUAAAUGUUCUUUGGCAUUUACCAACACUUCCAGAACAUGCGGAUAGUCUGCUAGGUUUUAAAAGCAAGCCAGUGAUAAAUUAUACCUUUUCAAAUACUGGCGACUCCCUGUUUGAGUGUUCUGGGCCAUUGUGUUCAUCGGUGGUCGGGCAUAACCCGUUGCGCCACCACCCCAUUCCACCUUCUUCUGGGGUUGAAAGUGAUGCAUGUGUUGGUGAUCAUGAAUCAGUCAGAUGUGUGCAGAAUGGUUACCGCCUGUAAACAGAUGUUAAUUAGAAAAGACCAAAAUGUACCACUGAUACAUGGCAAAAGGCUAAAGAUCCAGAGAACAGACUAGGGGGAUAGAGUCCAUUCGCCAGGCUCAGCCCCAAGGCCAGCAGUGAGGGGCCCACUGGGGGGGAGGAAAAGGCCUAUUCCAGCUGCCAGCUUAAUUGCAUUCCCUGUCUCACAUGCUAUGUAAACCCAGCUUAUGUAAUUUUAAAAGAUAAUUCACUUCUAAAAUGUUUCCCUUGCUAACUAAGUUGCAGGGAAUUUUGUAGCUUAUAAUGAGAUAAAAACAAAACAAAUAUAAACUAUAAUAGCAUGAAAAACCAUUAGAAUAGAACAUAGCCCUUGAUAAAGCUUUUUAAGUUUGGUCCUUUUAAUAUCUGUUGAAUAGUACACAUGCAGCCAGCUUUUGGGCUGAAGCUUUACUUCUGACUUGCCAUUAAAAUGUUUUGCCUUGUUGCAUUAAAGUUUUUGCCUUGUUGCUUACAAGGACUGUAUUUGGACAUAGUAUUUAACCCAAUAAAGAUUUCAUUAUGUCUUGGAACUUUCACUUUUAAUAGUUUAUUCUUGGCAUUGCCUUUCCAAGUUGAGUCAGUGGUAUUUCAGUGGGGAUUAGCUUUUUCCAAUGUGCUUAGCAUAACUUUCACUGCACUUUUCAAAGGGAACACAAAUGUUCAUUAAAAAUGUAUAGUGUUGACGUACAUAUGUGAUUUCCUUGAUUAAAAAGUUGAGUAGAAAUGGCUUGCUGAGGUAGCACUGGCAAUUUGACAGACACUAGAGGUCAGUAAAGGACAAUCCAUUAUUGUUUUAAGCCUAAACCUCAAGUUCCUGUCAAAGAAAGGUUGAACUGCAUAUCGAAACCACAGCAAAGGUGUUGAAGGAUCAAAGAGAUUGUAAAUUACAUUAAUAUAGAGUGUUACGUUUUCACCAGUUGUUGGGAAAUCAUUUCAUAAGUUCCUUUUGUCAUAGUUGCAGAUGAGAAUAUUUGGUGUAGAUUUCACGUGCUUGAGAAGGAAAGAGAGAAUGUUUCCUCUUCUCUCAGACCUUUGUCUAUAGAAAAUGGAAGAUUCUGGUAUGAGAUGUAUUUUUGUAUAUGGAAGCAUCAAUCAGUUUCUCCCUUUGUAAGUUCUGUCCAUUUCAAAUACUUGCAUUUUGUAAUAUUGAUAACCGUUCUUUCUAUAGUGUGAGACAAAAUUUUAAGGGUUGAUCUUCAUAUUUGAUAGAGAGCUUUUUUGGAUUCAAAAUCACUUCCAUAAAAAGAGUGGGACAUUCAUUUUAACAUUAAUAUUGGAGGCUCUUUACAUGUCCAUGUGACUUUUUGUAUAUUCUUAAUGAAAGCUAAACUGAACAUUAAUUCAAAUAAGAACUUAUUUAGCAGAGUGAAAGUUACUUUAAUUGACCGUGUUUUCUAAUGUCAACAAGGUAUGGUAGAAGUAUACGAUAAAAACAGAUUAUAAGCACACACUUCUCAAUAAUAGCAGGAAUGAGCAUGGGGAAAUCCACUUCCUGGAAGUCUGGGAGCAGCUCUUUCAUGGAGACGAAAAGCUCAAAAUGAAUUCCUCUGGGCUCAUUCAAGUGAUAUUUUCCUCACAGAAUCUAACCUAACCUGGGACCAGGAUUUGUUCUCCAUUCAUUCUGAGGAUAGGUGAAUGAAUGAACCAGCCAAGACAAGAGAGCUGGUGUGUAAGAAGGGAAGAACAUGUAUACAACCUAACUUUAGCUGUGAGUUCACUAGAUGGGCUUGGGCAAGCCACUGCUCUCUUAGCCUCAGCUCACCAGCUUCGAUACUGGGCCUGUGUUCUAGUUCUGUUCUCUAAAGGUUUAUGAGAUCUCUCUCUCUCUCACACACACACCAAUUGGAACAACUGAAAUAUGAUAUUGAAAUGCUGUUAUUAAACAUCAUACUGUGCUUGAACGUAAUAUUUUCUUCCAAUGCAUACAGCCACUUCUCCUGAAAUUGAAGAGGUUUAGGGAGGGAGCACCUGAGCUCAAGACCUUCUCUUUGUCACUCCUCAGGUCCUAGUAAAUUACCCUUUCGGGGGAGAAAUUUGCAGACCAAAUACAAAUUCUUAAAGACUUGUUUCCGAGUCUAGGACAUUUGAAUUUUAAAUUACUGCAUUGUGACAUUAUCAGGUAGUAUAGUUUUACCUUGUGCUAACCUUGAGGGAGAUAUAAACGCUAACAGAACUAUUUAAAUCACAGGACCUACACUCCUCCCCCCCCAAUUAAUUUUAUGGUUUAUAGUUGCUGCCUACAAAUAGUAUCUGCUACUUUUAAAAAGUUAUUUUUGUUAUCUGUGUUCUAGGUUAUUGACCUGGGAUCUGGAAAAGGCUACCUGAGCUCCUUCUUGUCAUUGCAGUAUAAUCUGAAGGUUUACGGAAUUGAUUCCUCAAACACAAACACCCACGGAGCUAAUGAAAGGAACAGGAAAUUGAAGAAACACUGGAAAGCCUAUCAAAGACGGGGAAGAGCAAAUGUCAGAGAGCAAGUGUUGGAAGAGGCAAAUGAAAGGCCACAGCAAGAUAAAGGGAAAUGUAAAGCAAAUAUCAGUGAAAAGCUCUUAAGUACUAAUAACAGUCUUCAAAGUCAGGCCCAGGUGGCUGCUCCAGAUUCCAUUCUUUUUGAAACAGCUGAUGUUUUCACAGACUCUGAUAAGUGUAUUACUAACAAACAGUAUGAACUUCACUCGGGGGCUCAGCUGCAGCCCGAAGAGAGCAACAUUCCGGAAAAUGUAUUCCUAAGUAUUCUGCCUGCUGACGCUGUGGAAACUGACUGCUCAACCAGAAGUAAUUGUAGGGAGCUCUGUGAAGAGGAGAAAGAACGAAGGAAGAUGGCUUCCCUUAAAGAGAAAGCAAGCCGGUCAAAAGAAGCCAACGUAUAUUCUCCAUUAACGUCAUACGUCACUGCAGAAACAGAGCUGCGAGACAUUGUUGAAGAUCUGGAGGUUAUUUUGCUUGUUGUUAUAAUCCAGGUUGCUUGUGAAUAAACCCAUUCUGCUAUUACUUUUACAGUCCUGCUAAGAGACAAGGAGACUGUGUUUCCUUGGCUGGUGCCACAGAGCAAAGUCUAUCCUCUGUGGCCAAUGUGGAGACAUAUGCUAUUAGCCUCUCAGCUGGCUAUUAAUAAAGAAAGAAAGUUCCUUUUACCAAGUCAACUGGAAUAGGAGUCGUCUUUCCCUCCUACGUUCCCUCCUACAUAGAAUUCCUGGUCUGGUCAUCACUAUAAGGCAAAUUGUGAAGUAGAACUCUAGGCUACUUAACCUCAUUUUAAAAAUAUUUUCUGCUACAUCUUUAUAACAUUUUUUUAAAAACAGCACAGAGGAAAUAGAGCAUCGGAUCCGUUUUAUAACGACACCAUUGCUAUUAUUUAGAAGUGCCACACUAAAUGUUUCAUAAGUACAGGCUUAGCUAAGUGGAGGUUUGAUUCAUAAAUGGAAGUUCCUUGCCAUUCAAAUUUCCUUGAUCCAUUGUUCCCUAUAUUUAAACAUGUUCAUAUAGCCUGUAUAAAGUCACUUUCCUUAAAUUUCAGGAACAUACUUUGACUAAAAAUUCCCUUUAUUUAAUUUUUUUUUUGCUAAUUUUACAAUGUCCCUGAGUUAUCAUCUCACUUUAUUAACUCAUUUUAUUAAUUUUGAAGCUUGAAAUAUUUCACGUCGAGAACAGUGGCAGACAGGGGGCUGGUGUGCUGGAGCUCACCCGACCUCCCGAGAGCUAAGUGGCUGCUUUUUACAGCAUACUGCCUGGGUGUAAAUAUAUUCAGUGUGGAAACUUCUUCCCAAGAGACCUUAAUAAAUCCAAGAGGCCUUAAUUUCUCCAUUCUCUUCCACCUAUAGGUAGGAGAGAGCUGGAGGAAUAAUGCAAAUGAUCUUUGCCUCGUCACAUACAUAGUGGGCUUCAAAAUUUGCGGUGUAUGACAAUUCAUUAAUGGUGAGCUCAAUUCUGAAUGUGUAUUAUUUCUAUUCUGUUCCAGGACUGUGUAGUGGUGGGUCUACAUACCUGUGGUGAUCUUGCUCCGAGCACCCUGCGACUUUUUACUGCUAGACCUGAAAUCAAGGCAGUUUGCAGUGUCGGCUGCUGUUACCAUCUUCUGUCAGAGGAGCAUGAAACUCAGGAAGGUACAGCAAGCCUUUUCUACCUGAGUCCUUUUUUAAAAAUCUAUUUAAUUAAUAAUGUCUUUGGUUUCUUUUAUUGACUCAUUUCUUACUGCUUUUCAUUAUGACUUGUAGAAGACCCACUUGUGCAUGCCCUGUGGCUUUCCUGUUUUGCCACUCUCUUUUAUAUUUGUAAUAUUUGGUCAUAGGCUUAUUAAUACAGAAUGCUUUAAUGUGGUUAUAAAGACAGCUGUUUUUACUUGGCUUCACUUAAAAAUAUGUGUUUUUGUUCAUCAUUAUAUUUCCAUCCACAUAACGUUUAUAUCAGAUUUUGCCGUUAGCAGUGUACCCAUAACACCACACUGAUUCAUUAUACAGUGAGUUGUGCAUUUAGGCCUUUGGAAAUACUGUGGCUGUUUACAAUCAUAAGCCAAGUUGGGAGGAAACGUUAGAAGAUUAUGAUGUCAAUGUGCUUGCCACUUAAACUGGUUUAACUUCCUUAAGUAUGUAAAUGCACAAACAGAGAAGUUUAAUGGGUUUGUAGAUAACAGCACACUUGUAUAAUUAGAGAGCAAAUAGUUUCAGAAAAUUUCAUUAUGGGAACAGAAUGGUUUUAUAUAUGUAUAUACCUUUCCUUAAACAUGAUCUGAAAUACGAAAUAUAAAACUUACCCAGAAUUAUCUUGCAGAUUACUAAAAAAAUAAUAAUGCUUCAGUAUUACAGUAAAGAACAACCUUUGGCUUUAGAUUUCAGACACGUUUGCAUUAGUUUAGUUCACAAGACCCAUUAGUUUACCACAAUGUGCAUGAGCCAUAGUGAGCUUAGAGUUUAUGUAUUCCCCAUCUCCAGUCUUCCUCCUGUGUGACCGGGAGGAGUUUGGAAGCUUUUGCAGCUUAUCAUAUCAUCUGGAUCCAGAACUGUUGCUAUGUAAUCUUAACUAUGGUUAGUUUCAGCAUGCCAGUUUCUGUGAAGUUGACUUGCUUGAAGCACAAAUGUGAAUUCUAGAAGGGUAGUUGUGUUAGCUUCCUGUAGCAAAAGAUUAUGAACUUUAGCAUUUCAAUUUAUUGUGCCUUAAGCUUUUAUGGCCUAGGGAUUGCUUCCGUUGCUGAUUGUACUCAGAGUAGAACCACUGAUGUUUAUGGACAAGACUAACUUAGUCACAUUAACCCUCCAACAUCCUACAUGCCCUCAAAAAAAAUUCUGGAGGGUUGGGGGACCCUCUGGAACAGAUUUUGGGGGCACACAGGGUCAGAGAGGAAAUGGGAGACAGUGCACAUGUAGGAAGGAGUGAUAUGUCACACACCAAGAUCCCAAACCAUGGAGGGCUUUAAAAAGAAAAACCAGCACAUUGCAUUGGGAUUGGAGAAGAUAAAAUAUUGGACUCAUAAUACACAGUUCUAGCUAAUACUUUAGCAGCCAUAUUUUGUACCAGCUAAAGUUUUGGGCUCAUUUUCAAAGGCAGCUCCACAUCCAAGGCAUUGCAGUCAUCCAAACAAAGGUGACAUAUCACUGGAGCCAGGUUAUCUCUUAUAACAGAGAGGUGACUUCAGACUCUAGUGCCACGGACAGACCAUUGAGCCACCCCUAAACAACAGGCCUCAACUUUUAACCUGCUCUUGAAUCGCUAGAGUUUCACAUUAGAUUCUAAAUCCAUGGCAUGUUGAAAGAUUAUUUGGUUAUGAUCCAGAGGAGAGACACACACAAGCCCAUUGAAAUCAAUUGAGCUAUACAUGCUCAGAUUUAGAUUGUGUUCCUCGUUUGGAAAUUCAGUUCCAUUGACAUGUAAAGGAACUGCACAUUCUUUUAGAAGCAUUGUUUGAUAUAGAACUUGAGGUUUUUUUAUGUCUGACCCUCUUGAAAUGAUGAAAGAAUCUACUUCUGUCUUCCACAAUAUCAAUCUAAAAGCAGGAGACUUUGAUACCAUGGCAACUCAUGAAGUGCUCCAAAGAAAAGAUCAAAGCACUUGAUUUCAUUUCCAUACCAUCUCUAAAUAUUGCUGUAUGGCACAUGUUUGCAUUGUUUGAAUCAAUUUGUGAGAUAUCUGAAACAUGGCUGUAAAGGAAAUAACAGAUGUUUUUAACUAAUAUGUAUGCUGAAACAUUUAAAAAUCAUUAUCUUAUUAAAUUUCACUAUAGCUCUCUGACAGUCCCCCCCCCCAAGUGACCAGUUCAAAAUACAGAGGGGUUUUAUUGAAGAAACAGUACAGAAGAAAUUCAAAAUUCCGGUUUCAGUCUUUCUUUUUUGCCCCUUGAAGCAUACAUUAAAAUAAAGGCGUUUCUUCACUGAAUACAUGAACUCCAGUAUUUUUAUUGUGUCUUGAAAGAGUACAUAGAUGCUCCGACUGGAACUAUCGUUGGGUGGGCUCUCGGCAAUGAUUUUUUUUUUUAUUCACGUACUGAAAAAUAUCCAAUGCAAAUUACCCUAUUCUCUGGAAAACCCAUAUCCAUAUUUGUGGAUUGUGUAUAGCUAUAUUUGUCAUCUUUAUAUGUGAGAGUUUUGCAAGAAGAAAAGAGAGCUUUAUAGCCAUCCAAAGCAAGCAGAUGAUUGAGGCAGCGAUAAGCAGAGGAAGAGUUUGUGUUAAUUGGCUAGACGUACUUUAGCUUACUUUACGACAGCUUCCUGGAAUAAGCGUGUUUUGAGGAGUGACCUGAACAAAGUAAGGGAGUUGGUCACACUGAGUUAUAUAAUAAUAAUAAUAAUAAUUUAUUAUUUAUACCCCGCCCAUCUGGCUGGGUUUCCCCAGCCACUCUGGGUGGCUUCCAACUGAAUAUUAAAAACAGUACAGCAUCAGACAUUAAAAACUUCCCUAAAGAGGGCUGCCUUCAGUUGUCUUUUAAAAGUAAAAUAGUUGUUUAUUGCUUUGACAUCUGCUGGGAGGGCGUUCCACAGGGCAGGCGCCACUACCGAGAAGGCCCUCUGCCUGGUUCCCUGUAACCUUACUUCUCACAAUGAGGGAACCGCCAGAAGGCCCUCGGCGCUGGAUCUCAGUGUCCGGGCUGAACGAUGGGGGUGGAGAUGCUCCUUCAGGUAUACAGGACCGAGGCCGUUUAGGGCUUUAAAGGUCAGCACCAACACUUUGAAUUGUGCUCGGAAACGUAGUGGGAGCCAAUGCAGAUCUCUCAGAACCAGUGUUAUGUGGUGCCGGCGGCCACUCCCAGUCAGCAGUCUAGCUGCUGCAUUCUGGAUUAAUUGCAGUUUCUGGGUCACCUUCAAAGGUAGCCCCACGUAGAGCGCGUUGCAGUAGUCCAAGCGGGAGAUAACUAGAGCAUGCACCACUCUGGCAAGACAGUUCGCGGGCAGGUAGGGUCUUAGCCUGCGUACCAGGUGGAGCUGGUACACAGCUGCCCUGGACACAGAAUUAACCUGUGCCUCCAUGGACAGCUGUGAGUCCAAAAUGACGCCCAGGCUGCGCACCUGGUCUUUCAGGGGCACAGUUACCUCAUUCAGGACCAGGGAAUCCCCCAUACCCGCCCGCCCCCAUCCCCCAAAAACAGUACUUCUGUCUUGUCAGGAUUCAACCUCAAUCUGUUAGCCGCCAUCCAUCCUCCAACAGCCUCCAGGCACUCACACAGGACCUUCACCGCCUUCACUGGUUCUGAUUUAAAGGAGAGGUAGAGCUGGGUGUCAUCUGCAUACUGAUGAACACCCAGCCCAAACCCCCUGAUGAUCUCUCCCAGCGGCUUCAUAUAGAUAUUAAAAAGCAUGGGGGAGAGGACAGAACCCUGAAGCACCCCACAAGUGAGAGCCCAGGGGUCUGAACACUCAUCCCCCACCACCACUUUCUGGACACGGCCCAGGAGAAAGGAGCGGAACCACCGUAUAACAGUGCCCCCAGCUCCCAGCCCCUCUAGACGGUCCAGAAGGAUGUUAUGGUCGAUGGUGUCAAAGGCUGCUGAGAGAUCCAGCAGAACUAGGAAACAGCUCUCACCUUUGUCCCUAGCACGCCGGAGAUCAUCAACCAGCACGACCAAGGCAGUUUCAGUCCCAUGGUGAGGCCUGAAUCCCGAUUGGAAGGGAUCCAAAUGGUCCGCAUCCUCCAGGCGUGCUUGGAGUUGUUUGGCAACCACCCGCUCAAUCACCUUGCCCAAGAAUGGUAAAUUUGAGACUGGGCGAUAGUUGGCCAAAUUGGGUGGGUCUAAAGAUGUUUUUUUAAGAAGCGGUUUAAUGACCGCCUAUUUCAGCGGGUCUGGGAAGGCUCCCUCACAGAGGGAAGCAUUCACCACCCCGCAGAGCCCAUCGCCCAGCCCUUCCCGGCUUGCUUUUAUCAGCCAGGAUGGGCAAGGAUCAAGGAGACAGGUGGUCGGUUUCACUUGUCCAAGCAGCCUGUCCACAUCCUCGGAGGUAACAGAUUGGAAUUGAUCCCAUGUAACAGGACUAGACAGAACUCUAGCACUCUCCCGCCCUGGCCCUGCUCCCACGGUGGAGUCUACCUCCUUCUGAAUCUGAGCGACUUUAUCUGCAAAAAACUUUGCAAAAGCAUUGCAGGAGAUCUUGGGGUCCCUACCAGGCCCGGUGGUGCAGGUGGUUCCGAUGGAUUGCGAACCACCUGAAAAAGUCUCCUGCUGCUGUUUUCUGCAGAUGCAAUGGAGGCGGUGAAGAAGGCCCUCUUCGCCGUCGCCAUUGCCACUUGGUAGGCUCGACGUUGAGCUCUAGCCCGUGUCCGGUCUGAUUCAGAAUGAGUUUUCCGCCACCGGCGCUCUAGCCGUCUCAAUGAUUGUUUCAUCACCCUCAGCUCUGGGGAAAACCACGGGGCUGUCCGGGCUCCAUGCAAUCGGAGAGGGCGCUUCGGACCCAGACAGUCAAUAGCCCUUCAGUUGUUCUGAAGGACAGUUUCAAGCAGUUUUGAAGUGGGUGUGGUGGCGUAUAUGAAGGAGCAGGAGACCUUUGGGCAACUGAAGCAAGAUGCAGCUGGAUGAGUGAAGGGAAUAGUUGUGCUGGAACAUAAAAGUGGGGAGAUGGGAAUGAGGCCGUGAACCAUUUUGAAUGAAAGAAGCUUGUGCAGGGUGUCCAAGAAGCCAGUGUACAGAUUAGAGGAGGGAUUUUACAUGAUCAGAACAAUGCGAGAGGUGGAUAAUGUUGGUAACAAGAGUGCUUGAUGGAUGUGUGUUGGUGGAAGGUGGAUUGUAGUCAUAGUUAUUUACUGGGGGGGAGGGGGACAUUAAGGAUGAAGGGUGAAUAAUGGAAUAUGUGACUCAUUUUCUAACUUAAAAGUCUGAAAUCCACCUACGAGUAUGGCGUAAAAACAGUUGCAUUUCUGUUCUUCUGUAGGUAUUUAAUUAAAUCUUAAAAGCACUACAAGAUUUUUAUAGAGUUUCACCUCAACUAAAAAAUGAAAUACAUAUGAAGGCUUGUAUAGUUAGGUGUCUUUAUAGCUCCCAACACCAUAUUGAAAAGGAUAUUGCAUUAGUUUUAAUGCAGAACGCAAUACACAAAUGGUUGUAGAACAUCUUUUAAAAGUGAUUUUUCUAUAAUCUAAGAAUGAAUACGGACAAAUAUUUCUGUGCUUCUUGGUUUUCACUCAAGUGUGAUAUUUAGUGCUGGUUGGUUGUGAUCCCAUCUUCUUAUUAGUAAAACCUGUUCAAAUGCACAGACCAAAAAAAAUGCCGCUGAUGUAAUCUUCCCAGUUCUUGUUCCGUUUUGAGUGACGUUCUCAGUGGUAUGGUUUCACAACAGCAUCCUUGACAACUCUGGACAGGGCUCAGGUUGGAGAAUCCUCUAGAGCAAGGUGAAUCUGUCAAUAAAACAACAAAACGAUCUCAUAACGAAAUAAUAUAAUCCGCCUCCCAAGUCCUGUAAUGGUGGCUGCUCUCUGAGUAUGAAAUAUACCCAGAGCCAAAUAAAAUAAAGAUCUAGAGAAACCUGCUUGUAAUACUUUAGAUGUAGAUGUGCAUAAUGUUGCCAUUUGGGAGCCCCAGUGAAAGCAGGGUUUCACUUUCAGUACAACUUCUGUGCUACUCAGCCUUUUGUUUUAUGCCUAGACUGAAGUGUUUUUAAACAACUUAAAGAAAACUAGUCCAUUAGCACUUGUCAUGGUAUUGUUUUUAAUAUCUUUCUGUAUAGGAUGUGUGUGCCAUAGUGUCCCAAUCCCAGUUCUCAUAACUUAAAUACUUAAUAUUUCAGCGAUAAUAAGUCACCUUUUCUGUCUGAAUGCAUAAUUACAGUGAUUAAUUGCAUAUUACUUACCCAUUCAUCUUUUUUCAUAGAAAACAUUUCGUGUCUUCCAAGCAUCGUUUCAAAAUCUCUUUCCUUUCCCAUAACUUCUCUUUAUAUUUGUGUAUAAAGCAGCUUAUUUAAUGUAUACGUGUGUGUGUGUGUGUGUGUGUGUAUCAAUGCAAUAAACAGAAGAAGGAUGGCUAAUGGGUCUUUCCUAUAGGAAGGCUUAUUAUAACGUUUUGUGUAAUGUGGUCUUAGCCUCUGGGUUUUGAGAAACUGUGUUUGCAGUACCAAAGUGUCCUUCUUGGGGUGCAAGCCUGGGCAUUGCAUAUGGAGGUCCUGGGCUGCCCAGACGACAAGACCCCGCUCUUGGCGUCAAUGAUGUGGUCCAAAGGAAAGCAGAGCAAUACGUUUGGCACCAGCUUGGCCGCCAGAGUUGCUGGAAGGAGAUGUACAAAGAACUAUCCUAUCGUCUUUGGGACUCCACUCCAGAUUUGUGUAGGGUUUACUCCUUAGCCUUUACUUUUCCCGAAUAUGUCCCACAAGGCAGCAAGUACAGAUUGUUCCCUAGGGUUUACUGCUGAAGCCUUUCUCACCAAUGAGUAUAGCUGCAAGACCGCAGAGGUUUAGCACCAGAGCUUUCCUUCUCUUAGAUGGGCUACCUUCCCAGACUGAUGAAACAGGGUGGUAACAGAAAGACUCAUGAACAGUGCAUGUCAUAUGUUCUUCUAUGGCUUUCUUGACCCAAUCACUGGAAUUCAUAUAGCCCUAAAGUUAGUCCGUGUAUCUUUAGGACUUCUCUAAUGUUAUGUCAUGAAGGUACUGUGCCGUCUGGGAAGUGAUGCAUGCCACUCAUUUGUGUUUGAGGCUGAGGUGGUGGUUGAAUUUUAUUAGGCCAUUCUUCUUUUUCUGUAAUAUUUCAACAGGGAUAAACUUGCCUUAUUUAUUUUCAAAUCAAAGUCAGCAGAUUAUUAGGACUUCUGUCCUCCUCAUGCUGUACCACAUUUUACAAUUAUUUGUCUUUCCUUGAUGAUUUUUUUUUAAAAAAAUUGGAGCAUAAUUAAAGGCCAUGAUUUAGAUGCAGUUAAGCUCACGGAUUUAAUUUUUAGUUUUCCUAUUUUAUCUGUAAGCCAGCUUCUUCUUGUUGUUUUUCUUGAUGGUGAUGGUGAUGAUGAUGAUGAUGAUGAUGAUACUAAUACUAAUCAUCAUCAUCAUCAUCAUCAUCAUCAUCAUAUUAGCUUUCACACAUAUCUAACUUGGUGUUGGAUCGUCACCAAAGUUCUAUGUGUUUGUUUUUAACCUUUUGCAGGGUUAAUACUUGUUACAGUAAUGUCACACUAGCACUUAACUCAUAAUUGGUGUGCUUUAUUGUCCAACAUAGAAUCUACUUCUAAGUAAACAAUAAAAAGGCAAUAAGUUCUUCUUUAUCUGUUAUCCAUAAGCUGCCUUGAGUCCCUAUCAGGGAGAAAGGUGGGGUAUAAAUAAACAUGGAAGAAGACAACGACAUUUUUUUUUUAAGCAUAGUUGUACACUAUAAACAAACCAAGCAUGAACACAAUUUUGGGUGACUAUCUCCGAGGUAGUAAUCUUUAUAAUUAAAUAGCUGACAUGCUGUUGGUGCCAGCCUUGUGAAUUCCACUGCAUAUGAGUAUUAGGUUCCAUAUCAAGUCACUCUUCACUGUUUAUCUUAGGCGAAAAUUAUGGAGCAGUCCCUGUGAAUAAGUGUGUGAUAAAUACAGAGAUUUUCAGUGUGUUUAGCAAGCCCUGGGUAAUUACCUUACACUGACAGCUGUUUCAGAUUGUCAGUCAGUUAUAUCUCUUGGCAGGUUUGUCACCCUUUUUAGGCCUUGCCCUUAGGGUGUAUUCCAUUGCUUCCCUAUAGUGGUUUGAAAUGAAGCCUAAACAUUUUGAUUUUUCUUUAUUCACACACAUGAGAUAAAAAUUAAAAUUGUAAAUAUUUGUGCAUUAUGGAACUUCAAUAUACAAGAAAAGCAAGCGGGAUGCAAGCGAUCAGGAAUCCUGUGCUUUUCUUGAUACAAUUAAUAUCCUAUAACACCUUUAUCCUCAGAUUCCACCUUUGUGCUGCUUAAUACUACAAACUGCAAGAUGCUUUCAAUCAGAAUUUUUUGUUGCUCUUUCAUUUAUGUAAAAAGGUGGGGGUUUCUUAAUUAAAAUAUUUAUAACCCACUCUGUAUCAAAUGGAUCUCAGGUUGGGCACAACAAUACAUUGAAAGCAAUCAUUCAAUUAUUGAAACGACAGCUGAACAACAAAGAACAAUUUAAAAACACAGAGCAGAAUUAACAAUCCAUAAAUGCCUGAAAAAAUAGUCAGGUGUUAACAAUGAAAAUCAAAACUGCUUCAGUAUACUGGCUCUAGUUCUGAAUGCAUUUUGGCUUCAGACAAGCCUGUUUUGAAUAGCUGCCUGUCAGCCUUCUGCUAAGUGGUUUAGUAUCCCUAUAUAUACUUCUAGGGUCAAGGUAAGUUGUAUGCAUUUAUUGCCAAGUAGUUUUGUAGAUGGGAAAGUUGUACUUCUUUAGCCACUUACCUCAAAAUAUCUCCACUGGAGUGCGGCAGUUCCAAAGUAAAUGCUUAUCUUUGUUCAUAAUCAUUUUUUUAAAAAAGUCUCAGUCUCUCUCUCUCUCUCUCUCUCUCUCUCACACACACACACACACACACACACACUUUCCUCUGAUGAAAUGCAGAAUAAAAAAGCCUCUGGAAAAUCCACUCUCUGCAACAGGCAAAAAAACCCCUCCCUUUCCAACUUUGGAGUUGGAAGAUAGAAGAAACCACAUCACACUGAGCAGUUCAAGCGUGACACUUAACUAUGAUUUAGGCUGUGUUCACAUUAGCAGUUUGAAACACUGUGAGGUCGUUUCCUCCCCACUGCAUUUCCAAGUCGCUUUCUCCCACCGCUGUUCACAUCAGAGAGGGGGGCAGGGAUGUCUUGGCUCCGUGAUUUGUUUCCCCAUGUGGAACUCCCAAGUCAGUGAAGCUUUCACCCGCGCACGUGCAAAACCUGCCUGAAUGGCUCGCACCACAAUGGAAGUGACAGUUUCCAUUUUCGAAGCUGGCUGGAGGUAAAAAGCUCAUCAAAGAGGAGUAUUUCUCUGAAAGCAACUGGAUACCGAUGGAUUGUGCUAACGUCAUGUGAACCCGGCUUUUAAAAAAAAGCAGUGGUGGGAGCCUGCCGAAGCCACAGUAAAUGGUAGUGUGAACACACCCUUAAUGUUGCACGCACAAACCUCAGGGCUUGCACACGCCCCUUUCCUGCGAGGAGAUUGGAAGCAGUUACUUCUUGUGUCUAAACUGUCCAUAACAUGCCCUGGGUCCCCCACUGCCCCUGGUAUGAGACAAACCUCUCCGGGCAUUGUCCAGUGUUAUGCUCCCCUGGGAUGGAUAUCAAUCUUCAUCCCGGAGCGCUCAGUGAUACAGGUCAGAUGAUCCUGUCCAUGCUAUUAAUCAGCAGAAUCUGCAGUGACGACUGAAAGAAUGAAUGUGAGCAUUUUAAGAUUUAUUUUGCCAUAUUUGCAGGACAAAUCAUAAUGGCACCUGCUCUCUUCAGCAGCAGACAUAGAGAGAAAAACACAAUGCAACAGCACAACAUAACGGAAGAGAGAAGACGUAACUUCCGUCCUCAGACUUCCCCGGCUCAGGAAAGUAAACAGUGACGUGUGACUUUCCAGCCACAUAUCAGCAACGGAGGAUUUGCUAACAUAAACAUGGACAAACUGUAAUUGAUCCUGGUUUCGGGAACAAAGCAAAUUUCAAAAUAUAGUUUGCAAUUUUGGCCUGUUUCCCUAAGGUAGGAGUGGCUAGCCUUUUUUGGUCAGCUGCCCCUCCAAGGGCAGCUUCCUACACUGGGCAUGGUUAGUGCAUAAGUGUAUGUGCAUGCGCACACAAACCACACAUCCACCAUAUGCUUACUAUACAUGCACAGUUGCGUUUAUACUACACAUAUGCCAGACAUUCGGGCACACAGUGCUCUCUCGCUCUCUUUCUCACAUACACACACAUGCAUGCAUGUGGUCUCACAUACGCACAAUCAGCGCCUGGGUGAGGUAUCUGGAAACAGUGCCUUGUCUUUAUGAAAGAGCAGGCAGAGGGCUUUAUCUUUGAUCUCAGGGCUGUGGGGUUUAGAGCCAAGAUCUAUUUGCUUGCUCUCAACUGAGAAAUAGAGCUUGGUGGGCCAGAUGCAUCCCCUGAGCGGCAGAUUAGACAUCCCCACCCUAAACCAUAAUAACAAAGGAGCUGUGCUCUAAUGGCAUUGUUAGUAAGUAGUUAAGUGCACUUGAACAUUUUUUAAAAAUUUUCUUCUAAAUGUUCCAUUAAAAAUCUUUUAUUUUCUUGAAUGUGUGCGCAUCAAUAUAUAUUGAGCCAGCGCUUAGACGCUUGCCUCGUUUUCCUCCCUUCUGUGGCCAACUUAUUGAUUUGUCUCCAGCAGUCCCUCUCUCGCAUCUGUUUAUCAUGAGCACUCCUGUUUCUUACCCAAUCUUGCUCAGCUGCCCAAAUAAUUUUCCAUUUUGUGGGCCCACAAGACUCUCGCACCAUGCAGUUGUACAGAUAAAUGUCUCAUGUGAAAACCAGAGGUGAUGGUGUUUAACCUUAGGUAAAUGGCUAAUUAUUAUGUUAAAAGUGGAACAGUGCCAGUUGGAGAAGAAGGCUUUUGUUUUCACCAGGGCUGAAGAAGACCAAACAGAAACUCAUGCCUGUGUUAGUUGUUGGCAAAUGAUCAGGUAGAUAAUCAAGUGUUAGCAUGCAUCUGGGGUUCUCAAACUCCUUGAUCUCAUGCAUACAAGUAAUAGUUUCUCAAUGAGGGCAGCCAGUCUCCACCAAGGUUUCCUUUUUCUGUGCAUGUGCAGUGAGUAUGUGCUCAUUGCUUAGUCACCAGCAGCACAAAGCAAAUCACAUAGUUUGGGGACAUGUGGAGAAUACUAGCUGAAAUGAGAUUCUUGGCAAUGCACCUAAUAUAUUAAAACAACAACCAUCAUUCUAGGUUAGUUUGCUGAAAUCUUAUUAUAAAUUGUCUGUGCUGCACAAUGUAAAUGUUUGGUUGUUUGGGGUUUUUUUGUUUUUUUUAGAGGAUCCUAUUACAUGAGGGAUUUAAUUUAGAAUGGAAAUAAUAGCUUACCUUGAGAAAAUACAAGGAUUUUUAGAUGUAGGCCCUUAGGCAAAUGGUAUUCACCAGGUAAGAUAUCUCUCUCAAACUGCUGUUUUGCGUUGUUAAACUAGGUAGCAUUUAAAAAUCUCUUUCAAUGCUCUAGAGUAUUCUCAACAGCCUAUUUACACUGUUUCUGUAUUGUUUCUCUUUCUUUUGCAGAUGUCCUUCACGGAACACUGGGUUUUCCCAUGAGCCGGUAUUUAAAGGAAGAGGGCUGGUUCUGUGGUCGCAAUGCCAGAAUGGCAGCCUGUUUGGUACAGUUUCUUUCCCCACCCCCCAAAAUGUAUCUACAUGUGAUGGAAUUUGUUGUGCUUUGCUUGCAGACCUGGAUUUGUCUCUUAAAUAUCAGGCAGUGCAGAAUAACACCAUUAGUGGUGUAUUCAUGGUCAGUUAGUGGGCCCAUAUGAAAAUUUGGGCACAGCUUGGUUUCUUUGAGCUCAGAUGAGAUGUGGCACAGAGCAGAAGGUCCUGACAAUUGUCUAAAGGGCAGAAAUCCAUGGCAACCCCAUUGCUGAUUUCACUAGCCUUUGUUGGAUAUCACAACUAAGUGUAGCAAAAAUGACUGCCUGGCUACAAAGUCAGAGUAGACUCUCAAUCCCUUUUUAACAAGAUAGCUUUACAUGCAAUGUUUCUUCAGUUCAAAUGCGCCGUCUCAUGACAUGGUGAGAUGGCAUAACAUGCAUUUGGAUUUCUAGGGACAUUUAUCUUGGAUGACCACUGUGUUGUGUCUUCAAUCACCCCACCAUCUCCUCCUUUCUUAACCUACUAAAAUUUCAAUUUACGUGCUUUUGAUAUUCUCACAGAUGCUAGCUGUGAAUUAAACUGGGUUAGCAGAGUAUGCCAUGUGCUAAGCAGGUCUGAAUAUUAGAACUGCCCCCUGCUUCUGGCUGCAGUGCUAGUCCAAUCCCAAGCAACAUAACUUUACUUUGAACCAAAUGUGCAUUUGAUCCUUGUGUGAUCUUCUUAUGAACCUCAGUCUUUGUCCCUUUUGACUUGCUAAGCCUCUGUCUCAGUUUGCAUAAUCCCUUUAAACAUAUUCAGACAGAUUUAGCUUCCCCUGCAUCUUAGCCUGCUUUUCUUCCACAGGCUGAGGAUGGUCUGCAUCCCUUUUCUCCUCCUAUCACUUUGCCCCACAUUCUCCUCCCCCACCUUGCUAUUUAUCUUAUUUACUGGGUGCCUAAUCAGGGAAGCUAUGUUUACUUCUGUUUUUCCUGUGCGCAAUGGAAAAAAAAUACGACCACCAUGUGUAAUCAGCAUGGCUGUUUUGCUUAGGCCUCUUCCUACUUGUGAAUGUAGCACUAAACCAUGGUUUAUCAUUAUGUGUAAACCAGCCCUUUGCAUUUAAAGUUUUUAUUCAGUGUACGUGUUAAUAGAAGGGAUAUUUCGAAAUUUUUUGUAGAAUUGAAUUUGUAUCCCAACAGUUCUUUAAAGUCUUCUCCAUUUCCAUUUCAUAGUUUUCAGGCAUACCUGAUAAUCCAUUACCAUUUUAGGUGCAUUGUAGACUAAAAUGAAGUGCUCAUCGAAUUCAGUUUUUUAAUUAAAAAUGUACAGCCAAGUAUCAUCUCAGAUAUUUGCAGAAAUAUAUACGUUUCAUUGUAAUUGUGAAUCCUGUGAUUACAUUCUUAAAUAACAUGUGAUGGAUGCGAGCACACACAUUUUUGUCAUAUAUUCUGUUAUUCCCCCACCCCUUUAAUGAAGUAUGUUUAUGAUAUGUUCAGAUUGAAGAAUAAACACAUCAGUAUUUUCUUCUUUUUCUCUCUGAAGGCUCUGGAACGAGUUGCAGUUGGCCAAGUGGUGAGUAAUGUUGUGUAUUUAACCCUUCCGAUGACAAAGCUGUUUUCUCACUUUGAAUACUUUGAAUACAUGACCUUGUGCUGAACUUCUCGUUUGCUGGAAUUGGAGAGUUAGCAAACAGCAAAGCUUGAAUUGGAGGCAGAUUGAUAUUCUGCAUCAGCACCAUGAAAUUGCACUUUUAUUGCCUGGUCUUCAUGGAGCAAUGAUAAAACAUAAUUUUCUCCAGUUAAUUAAGAGUGAUUUAAAUAGCAAGAGCAUACAUUAAAAGUACUCUGAAUGUCUUGCAUUUCAUUCCUCUAUCAGCCUCUUUCAUUGUAGUAGCCUCAUUUGAAGUCCGGAGACUACUGAAUAACCGGGUUGAGGAUUACAGUCUCAUUGUAAACUGGUUUCUUUUCUGCCUCAUGCAAAUUUAAAAUAAAAUCUCUUUUUCCAAGUCCAGAGGUGUAUCCAUGGAAAAUAUGAAGUUAAAUUGAUCCUUUGACAAGCAAGAGUUAUUUCUUAUCCAACAAAAGCUUUUGACCUAAUUGCAACCCGUUCUGCAUUCAGUCCUCUCUUUCCAAAAGUUCAUUUGGAUUUGAAUUGCAUCUGAUGAUACCCUUUAUGAGCUUCUUCCCUCUGCGUCAGUCUUGUCCCUGCUUGCUCAUUGUUGCCGGCUGUGGAGCUCUUCCCAAGUAAAGCCUUAUGUUUUGUGGAACUGUGACUUAAUCUUCAUCUACUUAAAAACACGGCAUGCUUUCUUAAAGAACACAUGGUAAGACAGGACAGGCCAAAAACACUUUUAAGAUUUACAGAUGGCUGAAAGUGCAGUCUCCGUGGAACACAUUUUGUGACUCACAUUUCAUUAUUGCGAUGCGACUUAUUAUGGAAUAGGUGUCAGUUGAGGUUGGUUUACACUGCCAGAUUCUUCUAUUUGAAGAAGAAGAAGAAGAAGAAGAAGAAGAAGAAGAAGAGGAGGAGGAGUUUGGAUUUGAUAUCCCGCCUUUCACUCCCCUUCAGGAGUCUCAAAGCGGCUAACAUUCUCCUUUCCCUUCCUGCCCCACAACAAACACUCUGUGAGGUGAGUGGGGCUGAGAGACUUCAAAGAAGUGUGACUGGCCCAAGGUCACGCAGCAUCUGCAUGUGGAGGAGCGGAGACGUGAACCCGGUUCCCCAGAUUACGAGACUACCGCUCUUAACCACUACACCACACUGGCUCUCUAUUUGCUUAUAUAUUUGACCGUUUGGAAGUAGUAAACACAAUACAGCUUGAACUCCUGGCUGCUAACUCUGAUUACAGCUGCUUGGAAAAGUCCCCUAUCCAUCAUCAUUACCACCUCUGCAACCUUUUGCCAUGUGGCUAUGUAUUCUUUAUUGUUAUCAUUUAUUACAUACGUAUCUUGCCUUCUCUCAAGGUGGUAGACAAUAAUACAAAUGCAAUAAAACAGCAAUAGCAUACAAGUACAUAUAGAGAGAGUAAGUUAAACAUCAAUAAAAGCAACCAGUGAAAACCCACUACAGCAUAUUUACAUAUCAAUUUAUGGGCCAAAUGUCUGUCUAAAUAAAAAUGUCUUUGCUGCCGGCAGAAGGUCAUCAGAGACUGAGCUCGCCAGGCCUCUCUUGAUAAAGAGUUCCAGAGCCGGGGAGCAGCCAAAUGUGCUUUCGAUGCUGGCAGGCUAGAAAGAAAGGCCUUUCUCGAGGAUCUUAAAACCUGGGUGGGCUUGUAUGGGAGAUGAUGCCUUUCAGAUAACCUGGUCCCAAGUCAUAUAAGGCUUUGAAGCUCAUAACCAGCACUUUGAACUGUGCCCAGAAAACACGUGCUUGUGUACAUUUGUGGGGGGAAAUUUGGCAAUUUAAGCUGGCUCAUUGCGUUUACGGAACAAUGGAGACCUGCUUAGUGAAGAAAUUCUAUUUAGCUGGGCAUCUCACAGUGUUCUUUUCUUUCAGAAUCUUGCACCAGUAUCUUUUCUAGUAAUGUAGUCAGCGUUCAUAAACCUUUUUUUAAAGAGACUAUCAUGCCUUUCCACUUUCAGUUUUUACAGUUGGGUAGCUGCCUUAAUUUUCUUACAAUGUAUUGCUGCAAGUCCAGAUUCUUCCGUAAGAAUUAUAUAUUACUGAAAUCUUAGUUUAUGGGCAAAUAUUAGAGUAACAUAAAGCCAGAUUAUACAUCAUGCAAUUAAUUUUCUGACAUUUAACUAGAAACACAGCGGUCAGAUUGAAAUGGCUUCGUAACGUGGGCCAGUGAACCAUCAAUGAAUUUUCUCUUCAAUAUUAGUUAUAUACAACUGGAGAUAUAAACAUGGGAAAGUAUUGGGAGGAUUUGCUUUGAUUUAUUACAAAUUCUUGGUUCUGGCAAGGCACUCAAUAUUCUUUGUUUUCAAAUCUCCAUCUAAAUUCCUUUUGUGGAUACUUUAAAUCAUUACAGCACCAUUUAUCAUCCCUUUUGGUAUAUGUACACAAGCCGCAUGACUGUUCAGCACACCAGAUUUACAGACCAGUGUGUCCCUGCUGCAAAGCCGUUAGCCCAGUGGAGUUUACACAGGGGAUAAAUUUGGCCGUGCAUUUUAAAGAGGUGCAAGUAUUGCCUCUUCUUAUGUAAACACAUAGUUCAUUCUUAAAGGUAUGAAGCUCUUCAACACAUUGCACUGUUUGUAGAAGCACAGGAGUUUCUGUGUGUAUCGGGGAAAGAAGAUGAAGUUGUUAGGGGGUAGAAAGCGCAUUGAAAACUUGCGAAAUGUUUUCCCUCUGACUUUAGAGAACCAGAUUAAUCCUAAAUGGGUACAUUUCUGCAGUAAAACCAACAUAACAAAUAGCAUAAUUUGGCCUGUGGGGCUUACUGUUUUCCUCUAGCCUGCUCCUCAGCCCCAUUCAGUGCUUGCUGUUUCCUGUGUUUAUUUUUUCCAACAAUUAUGGUUACAUCGUUACAUUUCUAAAGAACAACACUUUAACUUGGGAACAAGAGAGACAUACUAGUAACACUAGGUGGAAUGAACAAAAACCAGUAAUUAGUUGAAGACAGCCCACUGUUUUCGUUGUUCUAGUUGCGGUGUCUGCUUCCAACUUAAUACCCUGCUGUUCUUUGAUUCCUUGCAGCUGCCUACAGAAUCCUUGUUUUAUCGAGCUGUCCUGCAGGUUAUUGUAGAAGAAUUUUAUGGAGUCAAAAGAAGGUAGUAUGCUAUAAUUUCAUAUCGUUAAGGAAGAACAACUUUUGCCUCCUUUUUUUACUCGCGGUGGUGGCGAAACCUGAGAAGAAUGCAUGUAUUGAAAGAUCAGCAACUCUUUCAUAGGUAGCUGACAGUAUCUCUUUGACUGUGGGUCUGUAAAUCUGAAUAAAGGUAAAGGGACCCCUUAACAUUAGGUCCAGUCGCGGAUGACUUGGGGGUUGCGGCGCUCAUCUCGCUUUACUGGCCAAGGGAGCUGAUGUACAACUUCCGGGUCAUGUGGCCAGCAUGACUAAGCCGCUUCUGGCGAACCAGAGCAGCGUACGGAAACGCCGUUUACCUUCCUGCCGGAGCGGUACCUAUUUAUCUACUUGCACUGCGUGCUUUUGAACUGCUAGGUUCGCAGGAGCUGGGACUGAACAACGGGAGCUCACCCCGUCGUGGGGCUUCGAACUGCCGACCUUCUGAUUGGCAAGCCCUAGGCUCUGUGUUUUAACCCACAGUGCCACCCACGCUGAAUAGGACUCCGCAAAGUUCUACUGCGAGCAAGUUGAACCUGUAAAUUCUUUAUGUUUUAUUAAGUUGAUCGUUCAGAAGGAACUGGUGAAUUAUGUGGUGUCUUGAUUUUUAACAAAGCUUGGCAAAUGUAGCCAAAUUAUUCUUGAAAAUGGUUUAUGUAACCGUGCUUGAAAAGCAGCUGAAGUCAAACAAAAGAGUGAAUAAUCAUGCCUACCUUGAGCCAUUAUUAAUCAUUCAUAUAGCAUUUCAACUGUAGUAAAUGCUUAAUAUUUACUGUUCAGCUUUAAGGCAAGUCAUUAUCAUUACGAAGUGUUGAGAGAAUGUGACUUCCCCAAGACUUUUCCUCGUUGACAUAGGCAUCAAACAUAGGUCUUCACUUCUGCCUGUUGAUUCAAACAUUUCUUGCUGGAGAUACUCUGUUUCAAGCUAUCCACCCCCCUACCUGUGCACCUUAUAUAUUGUCUACAUCAGUGUUCUUCAACCUUGGGUCAUCAGAUCUUGUUGGACUACAAUUUAUAUCUCUGACCACUGACUAAGCUGGAUGGGGAUGAUGGGCCUUGUAGUCCAAGAACAUCUGGUGAACCCAAGGUUGAAGGAACACUGGUCUACAUGAUACAACUAUGGGCUAUAUAAUACAGUUGUACCUUGGAUCCCAAAUGCCUUGCAGGUCAAACGUUUUGGCUCCCGAAUGCCCCAAACUCAGAAGUGAGUGUUCCGGUUUGUGAACGUUCUUUGGAACCUUAACGUCCAAUGCAGUUUCUGCAUCUUUCGAUUGACUGCAGGAGCUUCCUGUAGCCAAUCGGAAGCCACACCUUGGUUUUGGAAGUCAAACAGACUUCUGGAACAGAUUCCAUUCAACUUCCAAGGUACCACUGUAUUUGUAUAGUCGCUUAGUCGUGUCCGACUCUUCGUGACCCCAUGGACCAGAGCACGCCAGGCACUCCUGUAUAGGGCUGUAUAAUAUCUUCUUUCUUUAACAUGCAAGAAUAAGUAUUUUAGUUAAUACAAAUGCAUUUGGAAUCAUAGCUCAGUUGGUAGAACACAAGACACUGAAUCUCAGGGUUGUGGGUUCAAGCCCUAUAUUGGGCAAAAUAUCCCUGCAUGGCAGGGGGUUGGAGUGGAUGACCCUUGUGGUCCCUUCCAGCUCUACAAAUCUAUUAUCUAUGAUCUACUGGCAUCCCCAGUCUUCUUUGAUCUAUGAUCUGUAUUCCCAAUGAAGUUGAAAAGGAAACUUGAAUAAAUAUAAAACAAUAUUUUAUGUAUUUUAUUAUUUUGAUAGGACAUUCAUGCUUUAUGUUAAUGCUCUCUGUGGAAUGACAAUAUAUAGCCUUCUAAUGCAUCAAGAACAAAAAUAUGUCCUAUUUAUCAUUUCAGUGAUCGUAAUAUUGGGAAAGUAUAUUCUAAAUCAUCUUCCUUCUUGGAUUAUGCUCGAAAAGCUUUUAAAAAGCUUGAACUUGAUGAGUCAGAGGUAAGUAGCUGAUUACUCAAUACAUGCAAUUCACCUCCAUAGACGACAGUUUAUUUCAGUGGGUUGUUUGCUAGUGGAAGUUCUGCUGCUGAAAUCUGAAACCUUACGUUGUCUUGACAGUUGCUGAGAUGCAUAUCUACUGUAGAUUUGUCUUAAGUUACACAUACUUAUCAGUUCCAACUUAUUGCAAGUGGAAGAUUUGGAAGAUUUUAUUCCACUCUUCCAAUUUAAUUUACUGUAAUUAAUAAAAAGCAAAAAGUUACAAAUCAUUGAUGGUGGACUAGCAGGAAUUGCAGAUGCCGAGAGCAUUUAUUAUUACUACUACUACUAUUAUUAUUAUUAUUAUUAUUAUUAUUAUUAUUAUCUACCCCGCCCACCAUCUGGCUCAGUUUCCCCAGCCACUCUGGGCAGCUUUCAACAGAACAUUUAAAACAGGAUAAAACUUCAAACAUUUAAAAACUUCCCUAAACAGGGAAGGAUUCCUUCUCCCUCUUCGGACACAACAUCCUCACUGUAAAUAUUAAAUAGUGCUAAAGAGAAUUAUUUGAAUUUUUUUCUGAAAUAGGGCCUUGCGUAAUAUACUAAGGGAUUUUUUCUGUAUGUGUAAUAAAUAAUAUAUAUAUGAAUUGAUGCAUAUGGUAGAAAUUCCGUUUAUGUCUCUAUUCCCAGGGACAUGGAGACUGCAGUCCUGUGCACGCUUUCUAGUGAAUAAGUCCCAUUGAAAUAAAUGGGGUAGUGUCCGAAUGAACAUGUGUUGGAUUGCACAGCACAUGUUCAAUAGAUAUGCUUUGAGUAGGGUUUUUUUUUUUGAAAAUAUAUAUCACUAAAUUAGCAAUAUUGGUUUUGUCAGUAAAAUUUGAUGUUCUCCAGAACAUUUUAUUUCUGAGAAGUUUUUUUCUCCCCACAUAUGCAGGAAGACUCACAGAUUAUUCUGUUUACUGAAUUGCAUUUUCAGUUUCUUGCCCUUUUUUGACAUCAUCUGGAACUUAUUGCUACAUUUAUUGGAUAUAAUGUGUGUUUGUUAUUUCUGGUGUUUUCUUUUUAACAAGCUUAUAUUUCUAAAGAAAACCUGCAAGAGCCAUUGUUCUAAUGUGUUGACAUUGGUUUUACUUCAGGCAGAAAUCAAGUGCCUGUGAUCUAAAGAUCUCUUCAGACGAAGCAAUUUGGAUUGAAGCCCAUUUAAUUUCAAUAGAGGAAGUUACUUUAAAAAUUGAGAAUUAGUUAAAAAAGAAACUUAACACACCCAACUAUGAGGUUAUUAGAAAAAUGCCAUAAGCAAGGCUCAAAUGGAUCCUGGGUCACAUAUUACAAACUGUACAGCAUUUCCCAGGAUAUGUGAACAUGGUUACAUAGCAAAUUAACAGAAAGUAACCUUUGGAAAAAAAGUGGAUAAGAUUAGUACCUAGUGAUUUGCUACUUUUACAUUUCUCAGUAAGUACUGGAAUGCCAUAUCUUGUCACCACUAUUUUCUUCUGUUCUUCAGCCUCUCUUUUUGACACGGAUACCUAUCUUACAUUUUCUGUAGAAAAGACAGGUGCAAAGAAUUAAUUCAGUUUCUGUGUAGCCUCUUACCCCCCGCCCCCUUUAACACACCUUAUCAUUCAACAGUCCAAGUUCCUCCUUAUCCUGUUUCUCUCUUCUCCUUUAGCUCAAACAGGAGUGCAGGCGCUGUCUUAAACCCUUUCCUAAAGCCUCUUUGAAGUAGCUCUCACACGUGAGCUGCUUCAAGUAACACUUUUGCACAUGGCUUUAAUACCCACUCAGCUGAUGUGCAGGGAUUAAAUCCUGCUGCCUUGGCUGUGCAAUCUUGUUCCCUGCUGGGAAUAGGGCAGCACAGCCAAGGCAGAAUUAUACCUUGUCCUCCCUCCCACCAGCUGAUUAUCACCAGUGACUAUGGCUGAUGGGCAUGGUUUGGAGAAAGUGGCCUCACAGACCACAUCGGAGCCUCUGGCAAGGUUAGUCUUUGUUCUAUGCUCUCCUUUAAGGUCAAACACUUCGGCUCAGUUAUCUUGGUUCAGAGACUGUAGUUUUAGCAUACAAACACAUCCACUCUGAGUAUAAUCCCACCUGGAGGUGCCAGGGGAUUGAAACCGGGACCUAUUACAUGAACCUUCUACCCCUGGGACCUUCUACUCCUGGGUUGUGACUCUUCCCAAAGGCCCAACAUUAUGGUUCUCUCCAUGGGCUCUCUCCCAUUAGGGAAGCCAUGUUGUACUGUACGCUCAUUUCCCAGUUCUACCUCGUCCCUUUUUGGGUGAUCAGAAAUAUUUUCACCCUCAUUCGCUCGAGAUAAUUUGUCCAGAUGAACUGCAUGCUUUCCAAAUUCGAACAGCUGCACCCCAAGGGUUAAUUUUAAAAGCUGCUCUGCAACCUUUUUGAUGUUAAGUACCAUCAGUGCCAACCUAGCAGUUCAAAAGCACAGCAAAGUGCAAGUAGAUAAAUAGGUACCACUCCGGCGGGAAGGUAGACGGCGUUUCUGUGUGCUGCUCUGGUUUCGCCAGAAGCGGCUUAGUCAUGCUGGCCACAUGACCCGGAGAAACUGUCUGCGGAAGCGGACAAACGCCGGCUCCCUCGGCCUGUAAAGCGAGAUGAGCUCCGCAACCCCUGAGUCAUUUGCGAAUGGACUUAAUUGCCAGGGGUCCCUGGUUCUGCUCUGGUUUGAGGAGAGCUUAUCACUAUUUGAAGAGCUGACUUGUCACAAAACACUCCCCAGGGACUAAGAAAUCCACAUCCCUUAUCUGCGCACCUCUGUAUAAACCACGCAUGAGACCUCUCAACUCAGCCUACCUAGCUGGCCCGCUUGUGAAACAGGAAGCAUCUCACCAAAAGCUGGCUUGCGGGUCCUGGUUUUCAGCUUCCUAUGCAGAAAACUACGUUUUGUUUCCAGGAAUUUCACCACUGUGGCUUACUCAUCCUACCAGCCUGUCCAGUCAAAGCAUUGGCAACCUUCACACUAGGCAGGCUAGUUAGCAUGCUGCCCAGACACCUGUCAAACAUCUCUUUGUGCUUCUAAGGAGUGAAUCAUGCACUACUAAGACACACACACACACACCCUGGAGGUGUGUCCUCAAUGUGAGAGGAUAUCAGUUAGUCCCCCAAGGAAUGAGUCAGCCUUAAGGCAUCACUUUCUUUUUCUUGGAGUGACACCCUCUUUCCUUGAGAACCUCAUUCUUCAUGACAGCAAAGGAGCUGUCAAGUGAGCCACAGAAGCUCUUGGGACAUUAAACUACAAUGCUGAGCAUGCAAGCAAGGCAAGGAACGUGGGGGAAUUGCCCUUCUCCCAUUAUCUCCUUGCUUGGAGAAGUAGCAGGUGCCUUCAUUAGGCACAUUGUGUUGAUCUAGUUGUUCUUCCAAAGCAGAGGUUUUACUUCAGUGUCAAGGAAUUUGUUCAUGUAUCCAGAACUGAUGAACCAGAAAGAAGCUUUGUAGAUUUGAUAGGAGCCAUUUGUUUUGGUGAGAUAUCUCUUUGGUACAUGCAAUUUCAGUCUUCUGCAUUAUUUAUUCAGGAGUCUCACCAAGUUCAGUGGAACCUAUUCUCAAGUAAACGUACCACCUUAGUGUGUGGGUGUGUUUAGUUUCGAAGCUGUUGAGGGGUUUGGUUUGCCAUUCCUUAUUAUUGAGUUAUAAUGCAAAUAGGUCAUCCGAAUCUUAAAUUGUAACGAGCAUUUCAGCAAGAACAUUUACCAGUCAAUUGUGGAAAGGAAGAUAUAGUCCUGCUGUCAAAACGGGAUUAUGAAAGGUUGCUGUUAAAACUGUAUAAAGCACAUAUAUUAAUGCAGUAUUUCAAGGAUGGCUGUCGUUUAAAUAUAAACCAACAUGUAAUCUGUGUACUGCUGGUGCCAAAUUCCAGUUUAAUCUGAUAAGGAGUUUUAACAGCUGUAGUAUUUACAAGAAUCAGCUGGCAUAUCACUUUAAAAUAUGCAAAUCGAAAAUCUCCAGCACCAACAAGGUGUUGGAGAAGAAGGAACCAGUCUGUGGCAGAUAAGCAUUAAGAACUGAAUAUAUGACAUUUCAUUUGAGGCAUUCCACUGCUGUCAUAGUGAGCUGAUCUCUCCUUUUAUGUGAGCAUUUGCGUGGCAGGAUACAAGGUAAUUUUUAGUUUGUACCUCCUGUUUUCAUUCUAAAGAUGCUGUAAUUUAGGGAUCGGUAUAGAAUAGUCUUCUUUUGACUCAUUUAGAUCUCUUCAUAUCUCCUUCACUUGUAGGGCAUGAGAAGCUUUCUUGGAUUUCCUUUGAGUCAGUUCAGACAUAAGCAAAUUGUGGUUUGGCCAUCAAUAAUAGCAUUCGAAUUGCUGCACUUCUUUUCUCCAUCCCUGGUUUAAACAGAUGUCUCAAUUAGGCAGCAUGGAUUGUGAAAACCAUGGUUUGUUUCAACAUCAGCAUUGAAAGCCCAGAUUAGAGUUUUGGUUUGGGGACAAAAUAGUUUUUGCAAACUAGGAGGGGAGGCAGAAAAAGGAAGGCAUAAAUCUCUAGCCAAUUCAUAACAGCCAAGCAUACUUUAGCUGCUACAUCUUAGUAUACAUCAGUCUUCUGGGUUCAGUCCCUGCCCACUUUUUACUUUAACUUCCCUUAUGAUGAAAUACAUUUCUGCACUUAAAACGAGAUUUUAAAUUGGGCCACAAAUACAGUAACUUCAUGCACCUUCACCCCCUUUCUCCAAGGCCUUCAUGGGCAGCUUAUCUUCUCCCACACCCCCUGAAAAUAUGCUCUAGAGACACUUUGGACCUUCCAAAGUGUGUGAGAAGUGAAAUAAGAUCGGCAGGGGGAAGGGGGAAUUGGGAAAAAAUGGCCUACACACACUUCUGCCUGCAGAAACUUCUGCCAGAUCCAAGCCCCUUCCACAAAGCGCUACUUACAUUCAUAGAAGUGCACUCUUGGCUUGAACUCAGAGUUCUCAACCUUGUUCCAAGCUUUUAAUCUUCCUCUUGUGGAAUAACAUAAUUCAAUAAAAGCAAGUUUUGAAUCAGUUUAUUUGAUUUGUUUGCAAUAGAAGAUGCCUGAGAAGUUUAACAAUGGGCUACAACCUAUGCAUUCCCUUUUACCCGUAAUGUUGCUAAAAUUUAUAGAAGCUGCUCUCAGUGGUAUUUAUCCUUGCCCUUCUCCUCCAUUCAUUCUCUUACAUACAGAAGCUAUAUUCUCUGACGUACCUAAGCUGUUUGUUUUCCAAGUUUUUGUUGGUGGCUUGUAGCAUAUUUGGGCUGAAACCAUACAUGCAAUUAUGGACAUGGUUGGAACCAGAAUGUGAAUGCAGGCCACCGGCUGUGGAAUCUGAGGACCAAGUCUUGGACUACCUCCCCUGUAUAGUUGCUGUUUGUGUGGUUGCACCACACACUGCUCUGAUAAUAUUUAAAAUACAGAGACCAAGUAGAAAAGAAGGAUGAUGUGCUUACUCCCUAUGGUUGCAUAGCACAAAGGGCAUCCAUAUGAUGCACCCAUGCCAGAUGAUUUUCCUGUUUCAAAGUAUUUUAGCUACUUUGAAACAUUCUAGAAUGUUUCCUCUUUUACCAAAAUGCCCUACGUUUCAAGGAGCCUAACCUUGUGUUUAAGAGAUUCAGUAUUUCAUAUUCUGAUGCCUGUUUUAAGAAUGCUUCCCCAAAUGUAGAAUGACUACCCCAUAUUGUAUGCAAAGGAUCUAGGAACAUUGUCUUCACUUCCAGCAGAGAGCACCAGCCUUACAAUGCAAUACCAAACAUGUUAACUCUAAAUUUAUGUUCCACUUAAUUCAACAGGUCUUUCUUUCUAGUAUAAAUGUGCUUAGGGUGGCAUGCGUAGAGUGAUUUUAUCCCCCCCUUAAAAAAAAAAAGUAUAAUUUCGCUGUAGAGCAAUAACGCAGGUAAGAGACAUAAACAAUUUCGGGAGUGAAAAAUUAGUCCUGCAAAGUCAUUAUAGUAAGUUGGAAAAUUAUUGAUUGUAAAAUGAAAUUUCUGUUGGGUUUCAAGUAUUUUUAAUUAGAGAAAAUAAUUUUAGUAUCUGCCUCAGGUAGGUUUUAAUUGCCAUCAUCAAUUUUCCUGUUAUUGCAGAUUUCAGACAGCCUCAUAAUGGAGUACUUUGAAAAAUACAAGCACAGAAUGAAUGAGCUGGAAGCUUUUAAUAUGGUAAAAUCACAGUUUCGGAAAAGUUGUUUUGUAUGUUUAUGUUAGGCCACAGUUGGGUUGUGUUAAACUUUUACGAUGGGGUGGAUCAGUUUAUAUUGUGAUAUACUCUCUACAGGAAGAAAAAACCAACCCUUAACUGGGAGCAUAUUCUCUUCCAAAAUUAUAUUAGGUGUCAGUAGAAUAAUGAGAACAUAUGGAAAUUCUUUUUCAAGUAUAAUAAAUGUAAAAUAAAAAAAGUUAGGCUCCUUUUGAACCCAUAUUGGUCUCUGUUCGUUCCUUUUAAUACAUUUCAUUGUUGGUUCCCUUUUAACAAGAUUUCUGCCACUUGCAAUGUGCUUUGCAUGCUGAGUUAUACCUCAAAGCUACUUAAUAAUAGAUGCCAUGCCUAUUGCAUUUCACAGACUUUGAUCUUUAUUGCACUGAUUUUCUGAAGAUGUCCAAUAGGGUAGACUUGGCAAGGUUGCACUUGUACUGUUUCUUUGGCAGUGCCCACCUUCCUUAACUGUUUUGAUGGGAAAGAGUUGAAGAGUCUGGCAGUACAUGAUCAAUGCCAAGGGCCAUUUUGGUAACCUAUCAUGAGAAAAAAGAUUGUAGCUAAUUAUAUAUAUGUAACUAACAUAAUUUGUAUAACAAAUUACUGAAUGACUAACCCCCUGUCAUGGACAAAUUCUGUCUUACCAAAUGUACCUCCUUGUCAGCCUGAGUGAAAAACUACUGGCCCAGUACCUUUGAAGUUCAUAAUUAAGCCCUGUAAAAUAAUGAGAUGAAAUAUAUAAUAAUUUCAUGAAAUGUAGCACCAAACAACAAAACAACAUGGAAACUGUAUUGGAGGGACAUUACUUGUUUGCGGUAAUGGAAUUAUAUUUCUCUUCUGUGGCUAAACUGGUGGCUACAUGUUUCUUUCAGUUGAAAGUUGUUCUGGGACCCUGUAUUGAGGUGCUGAUUCUUCUAGAUCGUCUCUGCUACCUCAAAGAACAGGUAAUUCUUAGCAACGUGACACAGCAGAAUAAUACUUUUUUGUAUUAACAACAGCAGCAUGCAUGAUUUUCACAGAUUUGGAAAAGUUUUAAGUGUCCAAUCCAUCACUCCCAAUGUUGUGCCGCAGAUGUUUUUACUUUGGGAAAUCGGUUGCAGUAAAGUUUUUAUGUUCUUUUAAUUGCAUAGUAAAUUACCAGUAAUAAAGAAACAACAUUGCCUAAACAGAUAUUUUGACUGUUAGUAGUUGAAGUGCUCAAACCAUUUUGACUUUGCAUAUCCUGCUGUUUUCUGCAUGAUCUUAAUAUUAAGGUAACACCUUUAUUUAAUAUGCAGCCAGUUGCUGUUUCCAACGGGUAUGUCUUUGUGAUGCAUGGUACGCCCAGCAACAUGGUUCAUCCCUAGCUGUUCAAGUAACAUGUUAACUGAUCCAGAAUCAAGUUAUCAUUGAUAUGGACUACCAGCAAUUUCAAUGACUGUCUGUAGCAGUGUUGUUUGGUUCAUGGAAAUUUUUCUGUCCAUAAACACUUCACAUUUUGCUAUCUAAGAAAGCCAGAGUCUGUACCCUUGGACAAAAACGUCCUCUAAUCAGCUGUAAUCUUGGUAAAGGAUAUGUUUUAAGCUUACUACUUGCAGACCAUUUCACAUAUUCAUCCGCUCUCAUGCAAGCACUGGAAUCACCACACUCACAUGAUCUCACUUGCGUACUACUCCAGAGAUUGCCAAAUGUAUGAAAUGGACCGUUGUGUCAGUACUAGAAAUAAAGGGGGUGAUUUUCAUCAUCUUGGGAAUGAGAAAUCACUUCUUCUUAGAAAGGCUGGUGGUGAACAAGCUGUGCUUAAAUUUGUACAUAGUGAUUUAAGUAGGAGAGUAGUCUUAUGUUUUUUCCAUCCUUUCACCCAAGGAGCAGACUGCAUGCAUGUGAGUGGGGCUGGCUCUGAUAACGUGCAGUGAAAUUUCUGCAGAAUAUCUGACCUUUCGCAAAUAAUGAACCAUUGAAUCUAUACCUAACUUUUCUUCUUCUUUGCUUUUCCAAGCACAUCCAUGAGCUGCUCUGCUUUUCCUCCACAAUUUAAGUCCUUUAGAGAAUCACAGAAUCAUAGAGAAGAUUUAUCCUAAGGGAGUUUUAUUUUGUCUGCAGUGCAGCACUCGAACAAUUGAUUUAUAAUAAAUGUGUGCUUUUGUUCUUACCGGUUAUUUUUAGAGGAACUGUUGAAAUAUUUAAAUAACGAUGUAACUUUUUCCCUUUUUUUUCUUUUUACAAAUGCCAGCUAGUUUUAAAUUAUGAAAGCUUCAGUUCCAUGAGCCCCCCCCCCAGCAGGUGCACAUAAAACAGCACUUCUUCCCCUGGAUUUCAAAAACCAAAAUAUGGAUUUCAUAAGCACUGCACAAGUGGGGCUGGAAGUCAGAAACUUCACAUGAUGUGAGGUUAUUACUUCAUAGACCUCUAGUGAUCUACACAGUAGUAUUCUGAAUUCACAAGAAAAAAGGGAAAUCAGUUCAGUAGCAUUCAUCACUGACUUAACUUUGCUAAAUUUACUGUUGAAUGAGAUUUAUGUCCAUGCGGCUAGCAUAUCUAGCAUUGCUUUUCUGUGCCGUUCUGCUAGUGUUAGUUAUUAUUGUACUUAUGCCAGUGGUAGCACAAGAGAUUUUGGUGCCUGAGGCUGCAAAGCCAAAUGAUGCCUCCUGAGCAUAAUACAUAUAAAAAAUAAAACAAAUAAUUGACAAAUGUGCUGCCCUUUAAGGAUACCUCCCCAAUCUGCCUUUGGCCAGCCCUGCCAUAUAGCUGACAUAGCAAAAGUUGGUAUAAGAUAUUUUGACUUUGUGUCGGAAGAAAAAGCAACCCAAAGUGAUGAAGGCACGUUAAUGAAGGCACUUCUCGUCUCACCUGCCUACCUUGUUUAGAUAAGAAGUUCUAUUAACUUAUGCUGUUGCCACAGUGCAGUCUCCUGCACAUCUUGACAGAGGGCAGCUCAUAAUAUCAGCUUGAAGGAGCUCGUGUGAGGCAGAGCAUGGGGAAAGAGUUCUGCCUUUGCUUCUUAAGACAGCUGCUGGGCUCUUGGGCUAGUGGAUAGAAUCUGAUGAACUAAGAGCUCAGUGUAGUUUUAGUAGCAAAUUCACAAGAAAAUAACUAAGAACAAUAAAACAGCCUCCUUUCAAAACCAUAGCUUUUGAAAUUGUAAUUGGCAGCAGUGAAACUUCAAGCAAACACUGGAGGAUGAAUGUUAGCCACACUUUGUGUGUGUAACAGAAUUUGUUCAGUGAUUUUUAUUUUUUUAGGAAAAAACAUAUUGCCGUAUCUGAGCUUUCAAGUCAAAUGCCUUUCUGAUGUACUCUGAUCAAGUAUUAUUUUAUAGGACAACAUUGCCUGGUCUGGACUGGUAAAAUUAUUCGAUCCCAUAAAAUCUCCCAGAUGCUAUGCAGUUGUGGCUCUGAAGAAACAGACUUUCACAUGCAAGUAAAUUGAUCUAAUGCUGGGAACUGAUACUGCUAUUGUACUUUAAACACAAAGGUUUCUUUUUACACUUACUCUGCUGUUAUCAACUCUUCGGUUAAUGGCUUCUUUUUAAAGUUUUAAUGUUUUAUAAAUCAGGAAAUAUGUACAAGAAAAACAAAAAUAAACUAUCCUUUGUAUACCAUCAAGUACCUGUAACAUGAAGUGUGAAAUUUUACUUUUGCCUUAUGUGGAUAGUACAACAGGAUUGUAAAAUUAAGCCGAGCAAGGGGUAGAAGAGAAAGGUCCAUGAUUGGCAGAUGAAGGUGAUGGACUACAUGGAACUGGCGGAAAUGACUGGCAGAAUCCGAGACCAGGGAGAAGAGCUGGUGGAAAAAGAUUGGAAGAAAUUUAAAGUUUAUUUACAGAAACAUUGUAAAAUUGAGGAAUGUUAGAAGGAUGUUGGAAUGAAAUAAUGCAGUUUUAGCAGAAAUGCUAUAAAGGAUUGAGGAAAAAUAGAUUGUUAAAUGGUGACGGAGGGAAAGUAAAGUUACAUUAUAUUAAGAUAGAAUAGAGGACAAAAACUGGAAAAGAUGGAAAGGAUUUGCUGAAAUAGUUAAUUGAACUAGAAUACAAAAAAGGGAGGUGUGAGGAGGUCAAGAAAAUAAGCAAAUGAAAGAUAAGUUAUGGGAAGAUUUAUUGUAUUUUUCCUUUUUUUUUCUUUUUUUUCCCUUUUUUUCUUUUUCUUGUUUCUUUUAUUUUUAUUAUCGUGAUGUGAUGUUUUGUAUUUCUUAAAUAUGCUGUUUUUUAAUUCUUUUUGUAACCCUUUAAAAUUCAAUAAAUAUUAUUUUUUUU